CCUCGAUAAGUCGAAACUCAUGAGAAACACAUCAAUGUUUCAAGAAAAAAAUCCGACUCUGAGAGUUUUUAAAAUGUAUGUACGUAUUAUAGUUUUUAAUUAUUACAUAGUAUACAAUAUGUUCGCAUAUAAUUAAAGUGUAUAUUGCUAUUAUUAUUAUUUUAAAAUUGUGUUACUAAAUAGUUAUCAGGUUGAAUUAUGGGACUCACAAGCCGAUUAUUUUUUCAUUCGAGUAAUCAAAGUUUUCACAAGGGAACGGCAUUUAUGUCAAUUUACCAAGGUUAUCGAAUUAUUGAAGUAUCACUAUGUGCAUAAAAUUGUCUGGCUAAUAAACUGAAAUCAAUGAAAAUUUAACACGAGGUUCAUUACAACUUGUACUUAGUGGUCAAAAAAAAAAAAAGUAUAGUAAUGCAGACGUAUUUCAAAUACAAUAAUUUAAAGUUAAAAUUUAGACGAAACUCGUAAAAAUUACGGCGUUUCAAAACAUGUCUAACCGAAGUUCGCUCAGAGUCGUUUGUUUUAGCUAUUGUUGAAUUUUGUAUAAAUUAUUCAAAAGCAUAACUAUAGGCAACUAUUACGUUUUAGGGGCGCAUAGCUAUAUAAUUAAGAUUCGGAAGUUAUAGGAGUUGCAUAUUUUUUUGUAUACACUGGAUAUAUAGCAGACCCAACUAGAAAUUUUUUCUAUACAAUGAAAAAAAACGAACAUUUAAAAUGCAUGAUAUUUUGCGUAUUUCGUAAAUUUUAGAGAAUAAAUGUACACCUCAUAGGUUUUCAUUGAUUUUCGCAUAUUUUUACGUACAUUAUGCAUUUUUAAUAUUUGCUAAAACGUUUAUUUUUUUUUUUCUAUAUUAAUUAACUCACGUAUAUUAAAUAAUAUUGAAUGUAAAACUCAAUAUUAUUCAACGUAGUUAUUUAUUUUUAUUUCUUGUCGUCUCGAUCUAUUAUUAACUUAUCAACAACUACGGUACGUUUCGAAUUUAAUCUUUAUCUUGUUUGUGCAUAUUAAUGACGUUCUAUGAUUUUAUAUAAUGAACUUUGAAUUAUUCGCACUUAAUUAUUUAUUAUAUAUUUUCUUUUUUUUUUUGCAUAUUUAACAUUUGUAUGUAUAUUUUACAAUUCUGUUGUGCAUAUUUUGUCUUCUAUAACUUCCGAGCCAUAGUUAUAAUAUUCAAUAAUAAUAAUAUACGAAUUUACAUUUUUUAAACGAACGUUGGUUUAUACAGAGUGAUUCUUUUUAUCAUGAACCAGAAAUUAUCUCGGAAAAUUGUAAGUAAAUUUGAUUUCUGUUUUUUUCUAAUCAUUAUGGAAUCGUUUUAGCUUUAUUUUAAAACCAUUUGAACAUUUUUACUCCACUCCUUGAAUAAGUACAUACUACUGAUUUUCAAAUAGGAAACUCUUCUCCCCCUUUUGAACACAGAUUUGAAUAGAGAAUAUUUUUCUAGACAUUUUGAUAUGCAUACCACUAAUAUCAGAUAUAUCAUUUACGAAUUAUAACAGUUUAGGCCGGAGGAGUGGGGAAUGGUAAUAAACUGCCGCCUUUGAGAUAAUUGCUGGUUCAUGAUAAAAAAAAAAAAAUCACCCUGUACACGAAUAAGGUCCUAUAUAAUCCUAAAUAUUUCAAAAUGGCAUUUUUAUUUCCGUGAUCAUAUCAAUGCAUACUGCAGUGAACGCAGUGUUAACUUUAUGGUGCCGCUUAUUUCGGUGAUAUUUAGAUCAAAUCUUAGAUAUUUUUUUCAUAAAAUAAUUAUUGUGACAUAACGUUUUUAUAUUUAACGUCGAUUUAUAUUUAUUAACUAUUUUAGAGUAACGCGACAUUGAUCGAAAUCCGUUUAAUUCGGUAUGCAUGCGUACAUACGGUUUUCGGACAUUUUUCCGUGCGCCCAAAUGUGAUGUUGGUCAAUGCGGACGCAGAAAAUAAUUUAAAACAAAAACUGUUUUUUUUUCUACCAAAAUUGUAAUUCCUCUAUAAAAAAAAAAACGUAGAGAAUCGCAUAUAAUUAUAUAUAUAUAUAUAUAUAUAUAUAGGUAAUCAUAUCAAGUUCGGAUUGAGAGUAAUGCAAUGGCGGUCGGGGUCGCGACCCCGUUCGGCGACGUUUUUUUUUUCGCCGCCGCAGCGUACACGGGAAACCUUUUAAAAACUCGGACUUGGCCGACGUAAUAAUCCCCGGUGUCGGCGCAAUAUCGCGGCGGACAGUCUUUUCCGGUUUGGCGCGAGCGUGUGUGUCCGCGACCGCGAUCAGGCGAAAUACGCCGACGUACCGUACCGUAGCGUUUUGUGCCGCGCGCACCGUACACCCCAUCGUGCGUACCGUAAUAAUAUCACGUCGUCUCAUCCCUAUCGCGUUUUCGGUUUCUCGUGUCACGGUGACAGCGAUGCAGUCGCCGAGAUACAGUCUGUUGCUGGCGGCGAUGAUGGUGGCGGCCGCGGCCGCCCGGAUAAUCACCGUAAACGUGACGCACAUGUGCGAUGGUCCGCCGCCGUCGCCGCGGGUCACUGUCACCAAGAACAUCCCUCAGACAUCCGAAAAUAAUCGGUCUUCGUCACUGUUGACCGCGUCGGGCCUACAGUCGCGGCCGACGAACGCAGCGCGGCUACACAGUCGUCUACGCCCGUCCCCGUCUCACGCCCCGCCAACGGACUCGGUGCGGUUUGUCAGUCGUUCUUGUCUGCCUCUCGAGUUGAUGGAGUCCGGGGUGCGAUAUGCGAACGCUCCUUGUCCGCCGUCGACCACGACCGCCUACUCGAUCGACAAUACCUCGGCUCCGGCGCCGUUCCCCGUAUCGAUACGGCCGACCGACGGUCCGGUGGCCUCCAAGCUUCUGAUGCGGUUCCCCAGCGCCAAGCUCGACGAAAACGUCAAGUUGGAUCAGCCGGUGGACGCGUCACGGACCGAUUAUGGUGGGGCCGCGGCCGCCAUUGAUCCGUUCGGCGUCGGCACGUUGCUGAGCAGCAUGGGGCUCCGGUUCGUCGGGGUCGCUGAGUCCGCGGUCAUGUGGCACCCCGUGCCUGCCGAAUUGGCGCUCGACGUGUACGGCAACGCGUACAGCUGGGAAGUCGUCGCGAAAAAAGUAAACGUCCGCUUUGCCGUCUAACGGGGGCCGCAGACUACUGUAUGAAAUUUGAAAUUUAUCGUAAAUCCGGAUUUCCGAUUACGAAACUUUUGUGUAUUUUGUCAAAGUGAAAUCGAAUGCUUAAAUAAAUCGAAACCGCACUUAAAUAACGUUACCGUUGUGCUCUGUGCGCGUGUGUUUUCGGCAUUUUAUAGCAGGGUCUUGGAAGAUAAGGUUUGGAUCGGGGAAAUUGGACUGUCAAACGCGGAUGCUUAGAAAGGCCGUUUUAGUGCCUAUUACACCCCGUCGUUUCACUAACGCGUGCGACGAUCAUAGAUUUGUUGAAAAAUCAUAAUCAUAACGAAUUCAAAUAAAUAAUAAUAGUUAAAACGACUUAUUACAAACAUGAUAGUAAACUUUCGAAAUUUUUGAUCAUUUUCAACCCUUAAACAUUUAAAUAUAACCGCAAAAAAAUUCAACAAAAAGAUCGUCUAAAACCGUCUUUCUAGGCGACCGCAAGCGCGAUGGUCACCCAGAGUGCCGAUCCUAUCUUUUAUGUUCGUAAUGUAUAGGAAAAUGUAAUACAAAAUUAAAUAAAUAUUAUCAAUUAUAAUGAUGAUUCAUAUGUUUGUACACCGACGACCUUAGGUGUUGGAGUAUGAGUUUAAAAUUUAGACGAGUUUUUAAAAAUUAUUUUUUCUAGAGGGGGAGGAGGAGGAGCGGGUUUUCAUUGACUGUUUUGGUGUACUCUCGCCGACCCAAUGAAAGACGAUCGUUAAAAUACGCAUUACGAUUAAACUUAAUAUAAAAAACAUUAUAGUGUGUCUGUUUGAAAGUUACGUAAUUAAUACGAUAUCAUGUCGUUAGGAAAUUCACGGGGAAUCAAAAAUGCCUAUUACGUAACAAUCAAUACUGGCCAUUGCAAUGUAACCAAUGCAAGUCGUCAGAAAACUGAUAAGGGGCCAGGUGCAAUAUUUCACGAUACAAUCCCCUUAUUGUUUUUGUGUCAACUGGGAUUAAUUCACAGGUCAUGGAUAGUUUGGUUACAACAUUACCAUGUUCGGUGAAUAAAAUACGAAUUUAGAUUGUGUUUUCGGGUUCGGGUUCGGGAUCAAAGCAUAUUUUUUAUCGUUAAUUUUAGGUUCAGAGAAUAGCAAGGAAUAAUAUAAUAUACCUAUUGGUUUUACUACUUUUGAAUCAAAUUGAAAAACCGAUAAACGAAUAUUAUUAAUAUAUAUAUAUAUAUUGUUGAAAAAGAAAUAAUAUUGACCGAGAUGCGCUCAGAAUCGUUUUUCGUUAAAAAUGAUUAAUCUUUGCUUGCAGAUAUACAUUAAAUACUUCUUUAUUUUCUACCUUCUCAACUCUUCACUUACAACAGUGGUCCAUCCAUCGUGCGGAGUAUGCCCAUCUUUUUUUGUUAUAAUUCAGCAAAAAAUUAUUUCAGAGACUUAAAUGGUUUAUAAAAAAAUUGUAGAUUAACUUUUUCUGAACACCGUAACUUUUUCAAAACAUUCUGGUUAUUUUUAAACUAUGAAAAUAUGCUUUAUAGUCAUUUGAUAUGUUCGUUUGUUUUCAGUUUAAAUUUGGUUUUGAAUGGACAAAAUUAUUUUUUGCCGUUUAGAAAUGUUAAAGCAUUGAACAAGAAUGUAGUAGCAUUUUUGAUAUUCAUAUCACAAAAACUGAACUCGAAAUCUGUAGUUUCAAUAACAUAGCGUUCAAAUCUAAAAUGUAAAACGUAUAUAUAUAUAUACGAUACGUUUAUAAUGCGUAUCAUCGUACUAUUCGUUUAUUAUCGAAUGGUACUCAAAUUGAAAAAUAAAUAAUAAUUAAAUGUGAGUAUAACAAUAUUUACAAAUAUAUACAGAUGUAUUUUUUAGGUACACAGAAUAUUAACCUGUUGUUAAAACAUUCCUUCGGAUAGUAAUCGUUGUUUAGAUGUUGAAAAUAUUCAGAUUUUGCAAUAAAUACAAUAAAUUUAAUUUAUUUAUAUUAUAUUACUUUAUUAUGAAUGUACAAAGUAAAUUUUUUUAUGCAUAUUCAUUGGCAUGUUUUCGUUUUUCCUUGUGCAUAUUUUGCCAAUUUUUUCGCUUACAUCUCAUCCGUAAUUAUUACUAUUGCAAUAUACUGCGAGUACAAUAUUAUCAAUUUCGGUUUCAAAAUCGUUUCUUUGGACAUGAAUAGAGUGAUAAACCGUUGUUUUUACAUUUCCAAGAGGGCUUAUUAUUAUUAUUAUUAUUAAUACGUUUCCGAGCAGAACUAUAACUGCUGUCCACGAGUGUAUAAUACGCCGUAAAAGUCCUCCUCCAAAAAGGCGUUUUUGGAGUAAGACCUUUUAGUAACUAUUGCCCAUUUAAAAUAAAAAAUACAUAAAAAUAUUCAGGAUGUCAGAAACUCACAGUGUACACUAACAUACUUACGUUUUAUAAUAUAAAUAUUACAUUUCGAAAACAAAAUAAUCCCUCAACGGAACUUUUCGUUUGUUCGUGUACGUACGUAUAUAUUAUAACGUCCCCAAACCAUCCAUUAUAGAAAACUUUAUUUUAAAUAUAUACAAAAAAAAAAAAAAAACCGAUAAACGAUAUAUAUUUUCUUAAGGGGGUUUUUCAUGUUAUAGAACAUUUUGUUUUUUUUUUUUUUUUUGCAACUGUCCUCGUUUAUUUGUUCAAACGUUAUAAUUCUGUUAAAAAAAAAAAAACAAAACAAAAAAAAUAUAUAUAAAAAUGAAAAAUACAGAAAAUCCUGCUUGGCACUACAUUUGUACUACAUAAUACUCGACCGCUAAAAAUACGAUUUUCGCAAAUUGUAAAGAUAUAUUAUAAUAGAACUCUCUCCGUUUCUCAGAGCGUGCGUGUAAAGUUUGAAAUUGAUUAUUCCCCGAACCUAUCGGCUUGCCGUUUGAACUUUUUAUUUAUAUACUACGCGUAACAUAAUAAAACACAUUUUUUAUUUAUUUUUUUUGAAACCACCCGACGCGUGCACGUUAUCGACAAUGGCUGUAAUUUGAAUCCAAUAAUAAUAAUAAAAAAAAUUCACAUCAUAAAAACAUUUAAAAUGUUUAAAAGCGCGCUAAAAUGUAAUUUUUAUUAUUUGCGAAAAAUACACAAUAAUAAUUUAUUAUGUUAUACGUACCAAUUUAUUUUCAAAAUUAUAUUUUCUGGUUCAAAUGGACAAUUUAUGAAGCGGCUAAACGGGCUUUUUUGAGGAUAUAAAUCGGUCUGCGGUGUCUUUGGGGAGCUUAUAAACAAAUCCCUCGUGCGCAUAUAGAUUUAUAGCCAUUAUAUUUUUAUUUUGUAAUCUUAAUAUUUGAUAAAUAUACAUACGUAAUCGCUAUAUAUUUAUUUUUAUUUUACGAAUAUUACUCAACUGACGAAACAAUUUUUAAAUUUUAAAUCAGUGGUGGCAAAUGAUUUUACCGUUUGGGGGGGGGAAGGCGAAAUGGGUUUACCGGUGUAACUAUAACAACCCCGAAGGAAGGGAACUAUCCACGAAACAAUAUCUUAUACCCAGAUAUUUGCCACCGCAUAACAGCAACCUAUCCAUGUAGCCUUUCUUUUUUUUUAGAUUCUGAGUGGAGCGGUCAAGCUUAUGUUUUUACAAAGAUGUUUAUUUUUUUUUUUUAUCUUUGCGAAAAUUUUCUACCAGAAAUCUUGUUCAGAUUUUUAAGUGUAGCACCUUUUCUGAAAGAAAACCGGUAUGGGGAGAUACAUUAGGGAAUUCAUUUUCGAUUUUUUCAAGAGUUUUCUUAUCAAAUUUGUAAUACAGAAAAAAACGGUGGAAAAACUGGAAAAUCGGUACAUUAAACAAAUAUUAUUAAAGAAAAUAUAUAAAGCAUAUUUAAUUAUUUUAUAAUAUAAUAUGACAUGUAUGUAUAUACAUAUAUAUUAUUUACAAAGUAUCACUAUAUCAAUUGAACUCCGCUCAGAAUCGUUUUUUUGUAAUUAAUGGUUUAUCAUUGCUUUUUGGUGUACAUUGAAUUACCUAUAACAGUGGCUGCUCCCGUCUCUAAUAUCCUAGGACGUUUUUUUUACAUUUACCGAUUUAAUUUCUGUACUCGUUGAUUCAAUUUAGCGUUGGGGAAAAACCGGAUUUUCCGAAGUUCGAAAAUCUAGUCUUUCAGGAUCCGAAAUCCAAAAAUAUCAACAUUAUAUUAUGAAAUAUGAACUAUCGAUAGGCAAUUAAGUAAUAUUUCAAUAUUUGUGUUUACGAUAUUGUAAAAUCACGAAAUCUACACCGCAAAAUAUAUCUCCGUUUAUCCCUACGUUUUCCUAGUUUUCGAAAUUUAACGUUCAAAAUCCGGAUUUUCGGAUAAUCCGGACCGCAUCACUAAUUAAUUUACGAGCACAACCGGGACAGUUUUGAGCGCGGCGACGAAUGUAUUUUUUCUCCCCGUCGGUUUCUCUUAUAUCGGAUAUUAUCGGUUUAAAUUGGUCGACGCGAGAACUGCAACAUCCAUACUACACUAAUAUUACUUGAUGAUAUACUAAUACUACUUACUCGAAGAUCGUUAAUCGUAAUUGUACUUCAUACGUACUUACUAUUAACAAUAUUGUAAAGGGAAUCGUCUCCGUGGUAAUAUCGGCGGAGUAGGAGCGGACCGGGUUUCGGAGGGUUGCGUAACGGCAUCGGAUUUCGCGUUAACACAAUUCCAUUGUGUGUCAUUUAUACGCGCAGUGUUGCAGGUUGUGGGAGAGAGAGGAAAAAAAAAUUGGGUACGAUUUAUAUAUGCGUCGUGCCCCUACCCUGUAGUUUAUUGUAAUACACGUCGUAAUACGCAAUCUUUGUGAACGCGAACGAUACAGGUAGCCGACACAACGCGUAGUAAAAAAAUGUGACGGAAAACGAGUGUUUCUUUUUUUUUUUCUGCUUUUAUGCAUUUCACGACUUGUCACGGUAUUAUUAUAAUAUUAUCGCGCUAGUAUAUGGGCUAUAAAAAUUCUGUUUACAACCGGGAGGUACGGGUACCUAUUAUGCGCGUUUUUGGGAAAAACUCGACACACUAUCAUAUUAUACACGUAUCAUGCACGGUGAAUUUUUAUCAGUUAUAUAUAAUAUAAUACUGUAUAUUUAGUAUUUACGAAUUUUUUUUGGUUUUCCUUCAAAUUUUGAACAUGUUCAAGACCCGUUAUCUAGAUACCUCUUUAGACGACAAUUCUUUCCCGCGUGAAAGCCCUCACGCCAUUCAAUCGCGGUCAAAACUACGUGUAAAGGCCGCUUAAGACUUAUGCCGACUUUGUUUACAAAGUUCAUAAAAAAAAAAUCUUAAAAUUUGUUUAAAAUCUCCCAGAUAGUACAAUUUAAUUUUUCAUUUAAAUAUAUUAUACAAGUGAUCUAAGUUAUUUGAUGACGACCGUAGGUUCACCAAAAUGAUAUACCCCGUGGCCCAAUACCAUAUUAUUAACAUUCUAUUAUUAUUAGCAUUAAUUUACUGUCCUAAAAUGAAUAAAUGGUUUGUACACUAUAAUUGUGUAUAUCAAUAAGUUUUCAAGCAAACCUGCCCCUCCUCUUUUCAAUACAAAAAUAGUAUAUUUUUAUACUUAAAAUUCCAUAUUGACGGAAUUUUAAAAAAGUUGUACCAUAUAAACGUUCGAGUUUAUGUUACUUUAUUGUAGCGUAUAUAUAUAUAUAUGUGGUUUAGUAUCAUAUUUCAUUGCAGGUUAAGUACUUAUAGUAGUGUAUUUUCAAAUUUAGGUAAUUAAGGAAAUGAUAACGUUAACAGACGAACGUGUAAUCUCGGAUUUUUUAUUUUUUUUUGUCCCCAUCCAUCUCCUUAGUAAAAUCCUGGCUAUGAAUUCGGCGGCUCGUGACAAAGAAAUCACUCUGUAUGAUCACUCUGAAAUGUAUGCUCUUAUGGAGAACGCGCGCGUGGCAAUCUAUUCUAGGUAUUAUAUUCUGUCGCCCCUCCUUAUAAAUACGAGUAUGUUUUCAUAAGUAAUACAAUAUGUUACUCGUAAAUCCGUAUAAACCACUCGUAUAUCGGAGCUGUGGUUUUUUUUUUUUUGUUUUAUCCGCAAGAUCGAAACUUGUUUCAUUCGAAUGUUUUUCGGAUAUUGUUGCGAGCUUUCUGGCGCACUCGUAUUUAUUUCACUAUCGGCUAUACGCACGGCGUUAUGUGUCUAUAUAUAAUAUCUAUAGUACAAAACGUAUAAUAAUAAUAAUAAUAUAAAAAAAAAAAAAAACACGUCUUUUGUACGACCCAUAUAAGAGGAGUAGUCGUGUUAAUCGACAAAAAUGUUAUAAAAUAUCGUCGUCCACGUAAAAUCCUUGUGACCGUUUACGUUGUUUUAUAACCAGAGACGUCGUCGUCGCUCUCUUCGUUGGUAUAUUAUAAUAUUAUAUAGUAUGAAAUAUGGACCAUGCAGCGUGGUAUUAGGUGAGUUAUACCUCAGGUCAAAUCAGCCAAGCAAUAGUCACUUUGCGUGCCGAAUUUACAUUCACCGGUCGGGAACAGGUUAUAAAAUUUGCUCAGCCGAGGACAAAUCUCGGGUAUUACAGAGCGGCUGUCGAAAAAUCUACAAAGAAGCCGCGUCGUAAGGUAAACGGCUUAUUAUAAAUAUACUAGAUGAGUCUGAUACUAUCAACUGCAAACACCUUCACGUCAAUUUAAAUUGUGAAAUUAAAAAAGUAUUUGAUUAUUUUUUAACGAAUUAAUAAAAUAUAUUUGUAAAAUAUUGUGUUAUAAUUUCUGACUCUGGUCUUAAGUAUUCAUAUAUGAACUUAGGUUUGAAAAGACGACCGCUACAUGAAAAAAAGUGCUACACUUGAAAAUCUGAGAAAUUUUCCGGUAGAAAAGUUGUUCACAGAAAAAAAAUAAUAAACAUCAUUGUAAAAUGAAUAUUCACUCGCUUCACUCAGAGUUUAAAAGUGCCAAAGUGGCUACUGUAUAAAUCAAUAUUUAACUAAACGGAUAUGUCGACAGUGUUUUUAGCUACACCCUACUAAAGAAAAUAAAAAACAAAAAAAAAAAAAAAUGUUGACAAUAUUAAGCAUAUAAUUCCCACAAAUUUGCACAACUAUUUGUAGAAUUUGCACGGUAGCCAUAUUUGACAUAAAUCGAUUUCUAUGGGGGGAGAUGCUGACGAGACGUCUCAUAAACCCAUCUCCUCAGCUCAAUAUUAAUGUUAUUGAAUUUUGCCAUACAAAAUAUUUAGCACGAAUUUUUUAUAUUUAUAUUUAAUAUUUGCACGGGCAACUCCGUCACCACAUAGCCACCGUCUAAGACGUCUUAAAAGCCCAAAAUUCACAGGGCUACCCGUGGGCUAUGGUGCGAAUUAUGUCUACAUGCAUUUUUUAAAUAUCGUAUAAACGGGUUUAUUGGUCUCAUUAUAUUGAUGUACUAAUUAUUUAUUUUCAAACUUCCAUUAUUUACUGAGAUUUUAAAAGUUAUUUGAUAUUAUUACAGUAUACCUAGCUAUUACCUAUACAUAGUAACAAUAUAUAUCAUUAUAUAACACAACAUAUAAUAUAACAUUAUAUCUUCGAUAUAAUGUUCAAUACUGUUUGCUAACUCGUGUAAUUAAAAGCUAAUCGUCUUUGAUAUUAAAAGUUAUUCAUAUACUUGUAUACUUAUGAACAAUAUUUUUUAAAACCUUUAAACUGAUUAAAAUUAUUAAAUAAUCGGCUUUAUUAAUUUAAUUAAAAAAUAUGAUUUUAUAAAAUCUAAAACGCGAUUAGUAUAACUAUAGCUCGUUUUCAAUUAAUAAAAUAGCUGUUGGUUAUAUGCAGUCAAACAGUUAAUUAUAGCCAAUCGAUUUUCCAAACGUAUUAAGUGAAUAACGUAAAUCGAUUUUGUUUAAUCCGGGGUGGGUAAUGAUAGGUCAAUACAAAUUGUUAAAUUUAUGUAAAUUGUCAAAGGCGGUGUUUGAUAAUUAUAGUAGAUAUCGCCUACUAUAUUUUUCUAUAAUACAAUUUUCCGAUGGAUUUGCUGAUUCGACCGCGCGCGUUACCGCUGCAGUUACCAAUAUUAGUAUACCAAUUGGUCCUAAAUACUGCAAACGUAGGUAAUAUAUUAUUUUAAAACUCGAAAUGCUGCUCGGGCAGACAGUUCAACAUAAACCAAAGGUCAUUUAGUCCUGCGUGUCGUUAUUAUAUAGGUACGUAGCCGUAAAACAAGGGCGAAAGGACGAACGUAAUAAAUCGCGUUGUGGAUAAACCAUCCAUUAUUAUUAUGCAAUAUUAUGGAAUGAUCGUUUCGUUUUUACUAUAUUAUUAUUGUAAAAAGACGUGGAUUUGUUUGAUAUAAUUUCCGUGAUAAAUUACCUGACCAAUAGUCGCCAUUUAUUAUAAUAUGCAAAAUAUAACUGCGGACAACACUCCCCAGUCCCCGUAUCCACCAACCUACCCACGUACACCGGUGCAAUUUAUUUUAAACUAUAACCGAAUCGCGAAACUAAAUCUAUGUUUUUUUUUUUUUAAAUAGGUAUUACUAUUCCCGUAAAAGAAUAGCGAUAAUAAAAACACUACUCGCCUAUAUCGUAAAAUGUCGCACGUCGUGCAGCUUUUUUUUUUCUUUUGCAUAUCAUUAAAACGCCAAUAGAAUUAAAAAAAAAAAAAAAAUGAUAUAAAACUGCAUAAAAACGUUAAAUGACGAUUGAAUAAAUACGAUAGGUACGUAAAUAGGAUCAUUAUAGUGAAAUUAUUAUUCGAAAACCAAAACUCUGUUGAAUAUUUAUCAUAUUUAUUGUUAUACAAUUUUUUUUAAAAAAAGUUUCAUCACGUCUUUAAAUAGUAACCAUUUUUCUAGAAAAAUAUAAAUACUUUAAAUAUCUGGAAAACUCGAAACACAAAGUACGUGUUAAUAAUUCAAUUUAUAAUGCUAGAUAAUAUCAUCCUAUAUAUAUAAGUGUUUACAAUCAUUAAUUUAUGCAAUGUUAUGAAAAAAGGUGCUUAUAAGGGAGUAUUAUCUUUUUUUUAAAUUUGACACGCAUGCUUUCUGCAUUUGCUUUCGUCUGAGGAAGUAAUUAUUUUAAACGAGCAUCGUUCGUUGCCAUAUAAGUGAAAAUGGAAAGGAGGGGGUUAGUAAAUAUUCAUACCCAUACCCGAAAAAACCGUUGUUAAUUAUUAUUAAAUGUUUUUUAUCGCUCAAAUCGAUCAAGUUUCUUGGCUAAAGUAUACAUUUGAUAUUCUUGAAGACGUGGACGAUUUUUUUUUUUUAAUUUUUUCUCCCCGUAAAUAUUGUGUCCAAAAUAAGUAAACUUCCUCCCCUGAUUUUAAAAAUGCUGUGCUUUGCUACUCUCGAAAAGUAGGAUUUCCGCUGCAGUCGUUAGUUAAAAGGAUUUGUCGUUUACAAAGUAUACCUUUAUAGGUACCCAGUAGACUAUAUACUCGCGCUCUGAUAGUUUUCCAAUUACGAAACAAAUCAAUGGAUGUUCCAAAUUAUAAAUACCGACUAUACUGUUACUAUACGGGUGCCAUUUCUUCCCUUUGAUAAUAAUAUGCAAUAUUUUGGAAAGUACAGGAACGUUGUGUGUACCACGGGGUAAAACCACUACUUACUUUUGAUUUUCAAACAGCAACCUAUAUUGAAAAUUCCAUAAAUAGAUGGAGUAUUAGUUAAAACACAUUUUAGUGUUGACAUUUUUGAUUUCCAUCGAUCUGUUGACGAGAUAUUCCACUUUUAAAUUUGGGUUUGGAGCUAGGAGAGUAGUGGAUUAUCAUUUGUACCGCGGUACGGCGUACGGCGUGUUAAUAAUGCACUACUACUCUCCUCCAACCCACAUUUAAAAGUGGAAUAUCCUGUCAACGGAUCGACAGAAAUCAUAAAUGUCAACACAAAAAUGUAUUUUAACUAAUACUCCAUCUAUUUACGGAAUUUGGAAUAUAGGUUGUCUUUUGAAAAUCAAAAAUAGGUAGUAGUUUCACUCUCAAAAAUAAGAUUGACAAAAAUAACAUAAAUAUAAAACUGUAGAGCUGCGUGUUUCUUAAAUGUUCUGGAAAACAGAUUCCGGAAAAAGAUAAUACUUUCCGAGACAAUGAGUGUACCUACUUAAAUGGAUCACCUGGUAAGCGAGUUGUACUCCGGGCCAUCCAGCCAAACGAUAGCCACUUUACGUCCUGAAAAUUCACCGGUCGGAAAACGAGUUAUAAAAAUCGUCUCAGCCGAGAACGAAUUUCGAGUAUAUUAUAGCGUGGCAAUCGCGAAUAACUAAAGCCCGAUUAUAUAAUACUAUCAUUAUUAACCGAUAUUUUAUGAUUGAUGGCAAUUAAAACGUCUCGUAACUGCUAAAAAGCUGGUUAUAAGAGUCCAAGGACCGUAACGUGAACGUUCAGAUACGCGAAAACAUACUUUUGUUGAAAAGCUACGUUAUUACGUAGCUUUUCAACAACUUGUUUAUUAACAGAUUUAGUCGGCAGCCGGUAUUUAACCGGCCGCGGGAUAUAAAUACCUUUUUAGACGUGUCUGGGGCCGUCGACUGCAAGCGCCUUUGCACGACCACACUGGUUUUUGAUAAUAUUAAUUUAAGUGUUUGAAUAUUUUUCACAACAAUAAAAAUACUUGUUUGUAUUAACAAUAAAAAUACUUAAUACAAACCGUAUUUAUCGUUUCCGACUUUGGGCAUAAGUUCACCCGAAACUCGGUGUAAAACGGCCGCCUGCAACAAUACUUAUAUAACGUUGAAUUCGCGAGUUAAUAACAACAAACCGAUCGAAAGUAUUCACCUAUAUGUAUGUAUACGAUUCGCGUUAAACUUAUAUCCAACUUUGAUUUCGGUCACUAUUUAAGUUGUCCAAGAAACUUACUGUGAUUUAAGUUUUAUUCGGAAAAUCUAAAAUGAGAUUUACUCUGCAGUUAUUCGUGUAACUUUGGAAAAAUUCUUCGACUAAAUCAUUUAAGUAUACAUUUUCAUAAAAAAAAAAAAUGUUUAUUUUAAUCCAACUCAGUCAAUGAUAAUAUAUAUACCAGAAAAUGUCUAAAAUGAAAUCGAUGGUGAGAGGGACAUGGGAGAUUUUAUUAUAAAAACGAAUCAUUAGUAUAAUAAUUAAUAAUUCUCGGAGAAAUUAAAAACUUUUUUUUCUCAACUAUUAUUAUAAUAUGAAUACCAUUAAAGAAAUUAAAAACUUUUAUUUAAAAAAAAAGAGAUAAUAUAAAAUGAAAAGUACCUAUUAAAAAUGUAUGUAUAUAUAUAUAUAUACAGGGUGUCCUACAAAGGUAUAAACAUUGUAUUACCCCCAGAGAUGAUAAAGAUAAUCAAAUUCUGUUUUUUUUUGUAUUUUACUUAGGAAUAAGGACUACGAACAUUUAUACUGCAGUUAUGUUUCGAUAAAAAAUUUAAAAAAAAAAUUAUUUUUUGUUUUAUUAUUCUUGAAAAAUUUAAAGAAAGCCAUUCUGUACGGUUUAUUUUUUUUAAAAAAUUUAACGUAUCAAUCUUUUUAUUUUCAUUAAGUUAAUAAUUUUUAAUAGUUAUUUAAAGUUCAGAGAACAGUACCUAUAAUUAUGCCACAGGCUGUAUUCGCAUUCGCUAAUUAAUUAUUAUUAUUUCGAUUAAUUGACUGUACACUUAUUUUUUCUGAACUUUAAUAAAUUAUUAAAACUCACGAAUUUAAUGAAAAUAAAAAGUUGAUUGGUCAACAUUUUCAGAAGAAUAAAUUACAUAAAACGGCUGUCUUCAAAUUUUCAAAAAUAAUCAAAUAGAAAGUUAAUUUUUUAAAUUUUUUAUUAAAACAUACAAAUUUAAUUGCAAUAUAAAUAUUUGUAUUCUUUAUGUAAGGAAUUUUCUGAAAUUAAUAUAUAUAAAAAAAAAAAAAAAACAGAAUUUGAUCUUUAAUCUUUGUGGCACAUCCUGUAUAUAUAUUUUAAUUCGUAACUGAUGAUUUCCAUGAACGGAAUCGCUUGCUAUUUGUUCAUAAUAUUUUUUUGUUAUGAAUCGUUUACCGAACAGACAAAAUUAUUAAUAAUUCGUAUUUUAUGCAAUAUUUAAACUUUAUACCAUUUCACGGAACGUGUACAGCAGACUACAACCAAUUAUUAUCGUGUUUGUAAAUUUGUUUCCAUUAAAGUAAAUAAUAAUAAUAUCAUCACGAUUCACAGUCCUAAACAACAUGUGUUGUAAGUUGAGUAAUAAUAUUACUUGGUGUAGGUUCCGUCGGUACAAUAAUUAGUCUGCAAGUUUACUGUUUUCACGCUGAUUUUAGUUAAAAAAAAAAAGAAACCAAUUUACUAUAAUUGAUUAUUUGUGUAAUUUUUCCUAAAAUAGAGACUAUUGCACAUUGCACUGUAUUGUCACUGUUUUCAAAAUUUUUUUUAUAAUACGAGAACCGUGGGGGGCUGAGCUCCAUUUUAUGAAGGUCAUAAGGGCCUGCAGCCGAGGAGCCUCCUUGUACACGGUGCUCCCAGAAAACAUGUUCUAAUUUACGGUAUUCUUUUAGACGAUUAUAUGCGGUUAUUUUAUUUUAAAAUAUUUCGAAGUUAACAUUUUACAAAACAUGUUUAAUACUAUUGAAUAUAUCUUAUUAGUGUCUAUUUAAUUGCAGAUCGUCCUCAGGUUUUUUUCCACUAGAUUUUGUUGUGACGUUUUAGUUAUUAAACGAAUAAACCGGCCAUUACACAUAGACAUAAUAUACUAUUUAUAUUCAUCAAAUUAACAAUAACAUAUUAUAUUUUAUUAUAAUACUUACGGAAUCUAAGGAAAAUAUAAUUUAAAUACGAAUUUUACCAUGCCGUUUCGAUUUUAGCUUGUACACCAUUACUAGCCUUCCAAAUGAAAACAUUAUUUUGUACAUGUACAAUAUAAGUAUCAAGGAUGUGCCUUUUGGGAGUUAUAACUUUCAACUCCCCUCUUACCAUCAUUGCUAUAACGUAAUCUUUUCACAGGAAAUACCGGGUCUUAAAAUGUACUCUACAAACUAACAGUUAAUACAAAUCUGUUAACCAUAUUCAUUUUUAAAUCAAUUUAAAAAAAGAGCCGACACUGGGGAUGGGAGCGGCCGCUGUUGUAGGGUGAGAAGUUUGGAAGGUAGGAUACAUAAGGUUAUUUAAUUUAUAUCUGUGAGCAACGACAAACCAUUGCUUGACGAAAGAUGAUUCCGAGCGCAGUCCGGUAAUACAUAAUUUGAAGUGCCGUAAAUUUUUUUUUAUAUUUAUCGUACUUCCGGAAUAUUCGAAAAAAUUAUGUUUUCCCAUUGGGCGUAUAAAAUACCGUAGAAAUUGUUUAAAAAUCUAGUAGACAUAAAAAAAUAAAGUUAACUCGCAUAUUUUACAUCGCCGCGCGUCGCUUGACAGUUUCGAUUCGACACCCGCGGGACAAACUUAAUUCAGAUUUCUUUACCGUACCUACUAUGGGCGUGAAUAAUAAAUUGUUUGAACUUUUGUCUAAUAAAAUUUAACUCGUUUAACUGAUAAACAAAUACGUUAAAUUUUUGUUUUUCUAAAUUACUCGUAAUCCGAUCGUUGCUAUGUGCCUAUUGGUUUUACUAUUAUGACGUAUGUGUUUUUUUUUUUUUACUUUAUUGUACCUCUUAACAAUUUUUCUAACAGAAAUCUUCGGAGGAUUAUCGACUUCUAUAUAAUAGUUUCUGGUAACAUUCGUUUAGUUGAUGCGUCAGGGGCGUAUGGACGGGGAAGAUUUGAGGGCAUGAUCUGCCUCAUUUCCUUUUUUUUAUUUUUACAUAACGUUUACUAUUUUGUAUGUAAAUUUUAAAAAAAGUUUCUUCAUAAGAAAUUUUUUUGCCACUGGUCUCCCUUCUCUCAUACAAAAUUUAUGCGUAUUUCAAAUCCACUGUUGUGUCUUAAGAAUGGUAAAAAGUGGAAAUACUUAUUUACCGCAACUAAAACGUGUGCAAUGGUUUCCGUUAUUUUCGAUUUUAUUUUUUGUUAUAAAUUCAGUGAAAAAUAAUCAUAGCAUCCUGAUAUUUUUACAGAAUUAUUUUUGUACUCUGCCGAUCGGCCCUUUCUUGACAUGUUCUCUACAAUUUAAAAACAUGUUAUCAGUUUUUGAGUUAUUUAUUAACAUUGAAUCCACAUAAAACAAGUGAAUCCAGUUUGUCUAGUUUUUGAAAAAUUUUCGUAACUUUUAUAAAAGAUUUGCCUGAAAUUUGUAUGAGUACAAUAAAAAUAUUUUUUUAUAAGCGUUUAAAUUUAAAAUUUAAUGUAAAAUAUAAAAUUCACUAUAUUUCGUUAUUAUUUUCCUAUUUAAAUGAAUACAAAUUUUGUUGGUUCUAUAGAAGUGUCUAAAAAUUUGAGACAAAACGUCGCAAACAAUUAAAAUUUAUUCUGAACAAUUACUAAUUAAUAUAUAGUUUUAAAUUGAAUUAAUUAGUGUAUUUUUGAAACACGUUUAACGGAACGUUAAUAAGUUUAUAAGCAAUAAUUUGUUGUUUCUUAUUUUUGUCUUCUUUUAUAUUAUCAUCUUGAAAUCAGGAAUUCCAAGAUCGUGUCGAAAUCAUUCCUGAUUUUUAAUAUUUUUUCCUUUUGUUUGAGUCACAAAAAACGUACUUAAAUAAAAUGGGGGAGCAAAAUAUCGAGUACUCGCUGCAAGUAUCCGUUUUUUUUUUUUUUUUUACUGUUAUUCGAUUCAAAACAUCGUUCGUAGCGUGGGUUACAACUUCAACUAUACGAUCGACGGAGUCGAAAGUCGAACCAUUAGUAUUCUGUGGUGGUCGGGCUGCACUUAACCACGUAUAUUUUAGUAUGCGAUUUCGAUUCCGAAUUAUCUCAUUUAAAAUCAACGAACAAUAAUACAUACGAAUGUAUAUGGAGUAAAAAUCAUUCAGUGUAACCGGGAUACUACUCAAAAUGAUAAUAAAUUAUAAGGAAAACUUGCCUAAUGAAUGUCGAUAACUAUUUAAAAUUUACAGUAUAGUGGAUGUAAAACUAUUAUUAUUGGGUUUAUGCAUUUUCGUCAUAUUCGAAUUCUGGGUGGAGCGAAACACAAAAUUAUUAAAAUGGUUAAUACUCGUAAAUAAAUAUAUAAAUAAACAAAGUGUAUAAAUUAGAUAUAAAUAUAUAUAUGAAGGAAUACAUAGAAAAAAAAAUCUAUAAAUUGGUCGUUUUACAUAGAAUAUAGAAAUAAUUUAUUUUAAUAGGAGAGGUUAUUUAAAAUUAAUUAUUAUUAAACAUUGAUAUAUUAAGUUAAACGUGUUUUAGAAAACAACCACAAUAUAAGUUUUGAUAUUAAUACAGACUUAGAAAUAUUAAAUACUCAAAAUAACAUUUACAUUAAUUCAGUUCUAGAAGGAUUACAUACAUAAAAUGAAAUAAAGAAAAAUAAUAUCUCAUACCAAUACAUUUUAAAUAACAAAUAAUAAAUUAAUAACGAAAUAAUUUAUAUUUCUUAACAUAUCUAUGUCUAAUAAUAACUAAUUUUAAAUUAUCUCUCCUAUUAAAAUAAAUUAUUUCUAUGUAAAACGACCAAUUUUUAAUUAUUUUUUUCUGUGUACUUCUACUCCUUCAUUUAAUUUUUUUGUAUUCAGUUGCGUUUUACAUUUUGACUGCGGUUACACCUGACGAUGAAUUUUUAAUUCAAAACCGGUCAUAUAAUAUCAUAAUACUACAGACGACACAUUGAUUCAAUUGAUUCAUUAAUUUAUUUUGUUUUUAUAUACUAGUUUUGUAUUUAUAUAUUUAUUCACUUUAUUUGUUAUUUUAAAAUAUAAUAUGUUUACUGUAUAUUUCCAUUAAAAUAAUUUAACACUCAGGAUAUUUCCGAAAUGGCUCGAAAUAUUCGAAUGGCUCGGGUUUUUUUUUUUUUUUUAAUUCAAGACUUCCAGUUUCAACGAAUAAUAAAAACUAUUGUUUAGAUUUAUCUUUUAUAUUCACUGUCGAUAAAAAUAAAUAUUUAUUUUAUACGCUAUACUUAUAUGUUUAAUUGUAUAUAUAUAUUUUUUAUUUUUUAUUUUUUUAUUACUCAUUGAAUCUAAUAAGUAGAUAGUCAAUAUGUUUUUGUUUGUGAAUUUGCUGAGAGAAAAUAUUUGUUUAAUAUAUUCUUAUUCUACCGUAUGGUCGUGACAGUCAUUUAAACUCCUUCUUUAUAUACUAUAGAACUUUAUGGUCUCUUUUAUCCGUUUUUUUAUAUAUUAUGACCUAGUAUAUAAUAUACAUAUACUGUAUAUACACUAUAUAUUUUAUAUGAUUUACGAAUUAAGAUAAUAUGGAUGCCCAACGAAUUAUGAAAGUGACCGCUAAAAUCACUGCUCUUACAUCAGCCCUGGGAAUAUUCUCCUAUCAGCGUUUCUAUCGCUUCUGACUUUGAUUUCUACGGCACAACGUAAAAUAUUUAUUGCACAUUGUAAUUUUCAGUGACGGAUCCGGGGGCAGCGAUAGGGGCCAUUCCCCUAUCGUUCCUUCCGUUCACUCUCCAAUAUAUCAGCUGCGUUAUAAUCUUAGUCUUGAUUCAUCAUUGAGCUUGUCAUAUGCGUGGCUUAUAUGCCAUUUCAAAAUCAUUCCUCCCUCUCCCCGUUAUUUUUUUCUGGAUCCGCCCCUGGUAAUUAGGUAUAUAUUGUACAUGUAUAUUUUAAACUGUGCAGUUCUGGAGUGCUAGCGUUGUUUUAUCAAUAAUAGUAAAACACGAUUAGCUGAUUUCUGUGACUUAUUAUAUAAAUAUUCGUAACAUCUUAAUUUGUAGUAUUAUCCAUAUUUAUGUUUUCAUCGAUAUAAAAAAAUUUUAAAUAAAAAAAGUAAUUUAAAUAAAAGAGAUUAUUCUGUCCAAUCAUUUCAUUAUAGUAUUGUUUUUUUUUAAAGAGGUAAAAUUGGGUUAUUGGAAAUAACCCAAUUGGGUAAUAAAAGCCUUUUAGACUAUCGAGCUCCAGAUCCGGUAAACUCUUAAUCAGGAUCUGGGCUGAAAAAAUAAUAAUUAAAUAAUCGUUAUUUACAUUUUUUUUUUUUUUAUAGUAUUUUAUUAACGUAAAACUUUUCAGCGGAUUAAAAAAAUAAAGUAAAAAACAAAACUAUUUUACACAAAAAGAAACUCUUCCCCUAUUCGUAAUAAAAAACUAAAACUUUUUCAAGUAUAAUUAUUAAAAUUAAAAAAUAUAUAUAAUAUAUUUAACGAAUGGUAACUUGAGAGUAUGAAUGAAAAAUCUAUCUAGUUAUUUUUAAGGAUUAAAAUAAAUAAUAAUAAUAAUAUCAUGUAUUCGGUGGUAAGUUAUAUCAAAAUAUCAAAAUAAAUAUUUUUUUUUUUUUAGAGUAUCAGUUUGUAUACUUUUAUUUAAUUUUUGAUUUUACAUAGGAUUGCAAAGAAUAGAAGAAUAUUUUCCUAAUAUGAGCUUCAUUACUGAAAUUGAAGUUUUUUAAAUUUGGCUUUGUGAUGGAAUUAUAUUUUCGACGUUUUUAUAUUAACCGUAAAAAGUGUUUAGAAAUACCUUUACAGCUAUCUAAUUGUAUACUCAAAAUCUAAAAUUAAAAAAAAUCAAAAAUAUUACGUUUUCGAGUGACAUACGUGUAUUGACUUAAUGUUUAUUAUAUUUUUUCAGUUAUUACCGUACGAAUGGCAGUUGAUUAUGAUCUGCUUGCUAAUGGUGAUUUUCGGCGUGACUUUAGCCCGGUACGGCGUACAAUGGCACCGCCGGUACAAAGAGGCGAAAUGGUUAGGAGACACUGGCUGGGAAUCGGGUUGCAAGAAGGGCGUGCUGGUCGUCGCCGUCCAAAUGCUUCUGCUUGUGUUGGGGUGAGUGUUCGGAACGCUUUUGCGGUUUUCCGCGCUAUAUAAUACUUGUAUAUUGUUUGAGGUAUUAAAUUUAAAAAAAACCAUUGUAAGGGAUUUUUUUUUCAUAAUAUACAAACCACGAUUCCCCCCCCCCUAUAUAUAUUAUAAUAUAAGUACAAACGCAAAAUAUUAUAGACUUUAGCGGUGAAUUUAAAUUACGCUUUAUAUGUACGAGCGAACGGUCCAUGGCGAAUGAACAAAAUCUCGGAAAAAUAUAUAUAGGUACCUAUGCGACAACCGUCCGAAUUCCCCGUACGGUCUUAACCUCAUUUGCAUAAUAUACGAAUAUUAUAAUAUAGGACACGAUAUUAUUUUUGCCCCGAUUCGUUUUAUAAUAAACCGACCCCGUCGUCAUAACGGUCUAUACCAGUAUUUUCCAACAGAGGAGUAGAGGGGCGUUUACACAUUGCUGGGGAGGCGCAAGCCGUCAUCAUGGAGCGAUGACGAACAUGUCAUCAUGGAGUAAAAUUUGCAGUAUUUAUUAAAUUAUUUGUAUUUUACGAUGUAGGGAAAAAUAAAUGUUUAAUAAUUACCGGGGAUUGGGUAUCGACAAAGAUACAAGACAAGGCCGUCGAGGCGACAGGGGACAUUUUUGAUAAGAUUUGUUUGCUUAUCAGUAUAUUUUUGCUAAAAAAACUUUUUGCUUUAACGUUUGUUAAAAGAGGAGGGGGCUGAGAGAUUUUUAAAAAGCUAUAAAGGAGGCGCAAAAUAACAGAAGAUGGAAACCACUGGUCUAUACAUAGAAUGUGCAGAUUAUUUGUGUUUAUAUAUUAUUUCAAUUUCGUAAGUCCUUAAAAAUUGUGUUUCCCUCCCCCCCCCAUUAACAACCAUCAUAAUCAUAAAUGUACCCAAUUUCGUACAAAUUAAAUCUCAAAUUAAAUCUCCUAUUUUGCGGAGACAAAUAUUAGACUUCUUAAACAAUAUACGACUGAGAUAGACUCUUGUUUUCGUGGAUUCGUAGCUAAAAAAAAAGUGUUCCGAAUAAAUGUAUGUACUUAAUCUUAAUGAUAAUCAUAAAUUUCACAUAAUAAUAUGUGAAAUUAAAUCUCAAAUAAUACAUUUAAAGCCUUUUACGUUUGUUUUAUUUUUCGAAAGUUAAUUUGAUAUAAUUUGUCGGUUUGAAAUUUGAUUAGGUAAUAUAAAAAAAAAAAUUGAUUCGUAUUUGUUAUUUCUCGCAUCCUCCCUUCCUUCUUAAAAUACAAUUUAAUUUAAGUAUAUAUAGACGAAAAUUCCGUAAAAGAUUCUCACAAGAAAUUUAAUUUAAAAAUGCACGAUGUUUUUUUUUUUGUUUAUUUCCGAGCGACAAAAUUGUUUACGAUGUUUGAAAAAAAAAACUUGAUAUACCUAAGUAACUAAAUUACGUUUCAAGCAUUCAACACGGGAACUCUGUCGUUUAAAAUCAUUAUUAUAAAGGUUCAACGAUUAAUCUUUUAAGCAUAUUAUAUAUAAUACGACCUUUUUAAUACUUAUACACUAUAUAUCUAUAAUAUUAUCGUUCCAAACAAACUGUGUAUAGAAUGCAGAUAGGUACUGAUUUUAGAACGGAUCUGAGUCAAGGACUCUUUAAAAAAAAAAAAUAAUUAUUAUAUAAAUGCGUAAUUUUUAAACCAAUUUAAAUCUAAAUUAUAUCGGUGAACGAGUUAAGCUGUAAAAAUGAUUAUAAAAUAGCGUUUGAAUCCGUAAACAUUAUUAACAUUGUAACAUUGUAGAAAUAAAACAUAGUAGAAACGAUACUGCUGACGGGUGUACCAUUCUUGUAGGUAGGAAUUUGUGAAGAUAUAAGAUACAUAAAUAUAUUUAACUAAUAUCCGUAUGCAAGGAUAAAUCAUUGCUGACGAAAUACGACUCUGAGCGUAGUUCAGUUAAACGUGUUUUGGAAUGCAGUAAUUUUUACGAUUUUCGUUAAAAUUUGAGUUUAAAACGUUUAUAUAUAUAUAUAUAUAUAAAAAAAAAAAAAAAUACAUAACACCCAAUUUUUUUUUUUAUCAGGUCUUUUUGAUUAUUUAAAUUAAAUUUCAACAAAAAACAAUAUCGAAAACAAUUAAAUGAUUAUUUCCAUAAAUAAUACCCGUUUUUGCUAAGUUUUUUUUUAAUUAUUAAGAAAACAACCUCUAUUGAAAACCCUAUAGAAAUAUAAUUUUAUAAAAAAAAAAAACUAAUAUCAUUUUUUGAUCUUGGCAAAAUUUCUGGUAGAAAUGUUACUCAUAGACACCCUAAAAGAAAAUAACACAUCGUAUAGUAAAACCAAUAUUACAUUCCUCGAGAAUUAAAUCUCUAAAAAUCAAAUAUUCCUUGUAUAAUAGUCAAUCAAAACGUCUAAUAAAAAUCCAAAAUCUCGCGAUUUCGAAUGAUCGUUUCAGAGCUGUGAUAAACUUAUAAUUUUUAUAAUUUUAUUAAAAUAUUCUGUUUAUCACUCACAAAUUACUUCGCUCCGUGAACACGAUACUAUUUAUUUAAUUUCAAACGAGUGGUUAUGGUUAAUCGAGCACGCGUCUAUUAUAAAUGGAAAUGAAAAACGCCGUAAACGAUUUUUAAAUAUUUACCAGAAGAAGCGAUAAUUAUGAAAUCUUUAUAAUAAUAGAAAUUUGAAUAAUCUGAAUAAUCGUAUUUGUUAGAUUCUGAGCCUAAUGUAAAAGCUACAUUACAGAUUUACUAUAAGAUAUGUAUUUUUUGUCCGGGGAAUAUAUUUUCAGUUAGUAAAAAUUCUUCGAUUUUUUUCAUACAGUAGGCACAUUAAAAGAUGCAGAUUUUUAUCCGAUAAUACUUUUCACGAGACAUUUGUUUACGUUUUCAGCAGUCCACUUCCUGCAGGGUCCUUGAUUUAGACUUUUCUUUUGGAAAACCUUUUUUCGGUUAGUAAAAAUGUUUAAAAUAUCGCGUUAUUUUCGAUUCCGAUUUUUUGAUACGUUAUUUGGCAUUUUUUUCUAUAUAUUCCGGACAAUAGCUAGUAGCCUACUCGUGGUGCGAUGUAUAUCCAGUUAUUUUUUUCAAAAUAUUGUUGACCAAGAGAAAAUAACGAAAUUUUUAAAAUAAUUGUAUUUUGAUUUCAUAUUUCAGUUCUGUAGUUUAUUCAAGUUAAAUGUACGACGUUCUAGGGAAAUUUUAAAUUACUGUUAGUUUUAAAUAUAAUUUUUCAUAUUAUUUAUGUGAAAUUAAAUAUCAAAUAGAAAAUAAUUUUGUUUUCUAACGUAAAAAAUAAACUUAAAAAAAGAUGUUUCUCUUAGAUUUCAAUAUGUUUCGUUUAGCGUUUGUUAUUAUUAAUGUUUGUAUUUGCAGAUUUCGAGUUUUUAAAACCGUUUACACAAAAUGCAUAUAAAAUAUAAUUACAUCCUGUAUAUAUAUAUAUAUAUAUAUACAUAUAUACAUACACGAAUAUAAAGGUAUCAAAUUAAAAUGUUAUAUAAUUUGUGUCCCUAUUUUUAGAUUUUACAAUUAAUUAUUUCUUGCAACAUUCAAAAAUGGCACGCGGCAAAAAGGUCGCGUGCCGCGUACUAUACCAGCGGAAACAGGAAUUCCACCUAUUUAAUACUUGGCGUUGUACGACUGCGGCGGUGUACGUUAAAUGGGAAACGAGAUUUAUGGUAUAGCCAUGUGCUCGGUGGAAAGAAAAAAAAAUCCCCAAAAACGAGCUUGUAAUACGAAUAUGAAUAUACUAACUGCGGUAUUUACAUAAAAUAAUUUUGUUCGAGUUGUUUAGUCGCGAAUGAUUUAUACAAAUCCGCUAACAUUAAUAAUAAUAAAAUAUUCGAUAAAAACGUGUUUUUCUUUGUAUAUGUAGCGAUUAUCUAUUCAAAGAUUUUGUGUGAAUAUUUUAAUUUCGGGUUUUUUUUUUGCAGUCAUAUCACAUUAUACUUAUUAUAUUAUUGUAGAAUCGUUCAACAGUUUUAUUUAUGCGAUUUUUUUUUUUUUUUCAAAAUUUUCCACUUACUCCACAGUGUACCAUAUUUUAUAGGGUUUUGGUUUUCAAAUAACAACGUAUGUUUUCGAACAGAGUUAGAAAAAAUAAUGCGUUUCGAAAUGAACUGUGUUGCAGCUUAAAAACGCGAGUGGUUACCUAGGCUAAUUUCAUAAUCAACAGUGGCACCGCUUACCAAGUAGUGCAAUUUAUUGCACGGAUGCUCAGGGGUGGUGGGUACUGGGUAGGAAUAUUUUUAGCUGAAAUGUACAAAUCACAAAUUAUAGCCUCAAUCCAUGUAAAAAUAAUCCAAUUUAUAAGUUUGUUAGUUAUUUGUGAACCUGUCAUAAUGUAAGUGGUGGAUGCUCAUUAUUAUCUACUACAUGGGUUAGCGGGCAAUGUUUGGGCGCCUCUGAUAAUCAAUAUACGGUCGAACAACGAUCCAUUCAUAAACACCAAAAUUAAUUAAACUCGAGAUUUUCGAAGAUUAAAAAAAAAAUCGCCGUGUUUAUUUAGUCGACAAUAAUUACGUGUAUUCAGGGCCGGCGCUUGCGGACUGUUGGUGACCAACGAAACGAUGGGAUCGGCCGUGCUGAGUGUCGGAGACCUACUCGAAUUCGGCGUCGGUGACUUGGUGGACAUGUUUUCCGUGACGCAAAAACAAAUCAGAACCAUAACCCUCGGAUCGAUGGACUUGACUACGGACGCGGUUUUCGCGAAAUUAGACGGUAAGUUAUAUUACAUUUGUUUGUAUCGAUCGUGAUGCUUGAUAACUUAGCGACUUUGACCGUUAGUCACAUAUUAUACGAAUUAUAUAGUUACACAUUCAAUUUAGUGAACAAUAAACUACCUCUCUGUAAUAUUCAUUGUACGCUGUGCACUCGUGUUUGAUUGAACAAAUUAGUUUGUUUUAGGUAAUCGACCAUUAACGACAAUCGUAGGUGAUUUUAAGUUUGAUUCGGUCUUCAUUGAAUAUGAUAUAGAUCGCAUGUUCUGUUAGCACGAUUAUAUUUGACUACUGUACGGAAAGGACCCGAUGUUAUAUCAACCGGUGUAGGUCAUGGGAAAUAUUCUCAUCAUCCCAUCCUUAAUAAAUGUCCGUGAUGUAUAAAACAAAAACCUUUUCCCGGAUGAAAAGGAUUAACGAGAGCAAUAAUAAUAAUGGACGUGGCGUCGGUGUAAAAAACAUUGGAUAAAUUAUUAUAAUAUAAAUUAUUAUUACAAAGAUAAAUUAUAAGUAGGUACACAUCGUCCGAAAACGAGUUUAGGAAUUAAAAUAUUAUAUAAUAUAUAAAACUUAAAUUUAAUACGAAAUUCCAUUUAAGAGAUUUGGGAAUGGAGGAGGGGGGGAUAAAUGAUGAGAGACCGUUUACAUAAUAAUUAUUUGACAGCGGAGUUGACGUGGUAUCAAAUCGGUAGAAACAAAUAUUAAUUAUUAUACCUAAUUAUAUUAAUAAACUUUGCGGGUUUCGCAUCACGAUAAAAAAUAAUUUACAUAAAAAAACUGUUUCGGGGGCAAAAAUAGGGUACCUUAGGUUAAUUUCUCACUUCAUAUUCAUAUUUUAUAUAAAUAGUAUUAAUAAUUAUUUUUGAUAUUUUGUACGACAGUAGACAUAAAAUUUUUCUAAAUACGACAAAAGAAAUAAAAAAAAAUUAUAUGUUCUCAAAUUUUGCCUAAACUUUUUGAUGAGGAUAAAAGUUGUUUUAGAUUCCGAACGAAGCAAGGUUUUUUUACAAUGAUGUUUAUUUUUUUAUUAUUAUUUUUUUUUUUUAUACUGUGUAUACAAUUUCUAACAAAAAUCUGCCUCUGAUUCUUUUCUGAAGUGGUACUUUGGCGAAGUUCUUUUUGAUUUUCCAAGCGGUUUUCAUAAUAAUUGAAGAAAACCGUAAAAAAAAAAAAAAUAGAAAGAACAGAAAAAUUUACGAAAAUAAUGCUUUUAUUAUUUUCAAAUUUGUUUUAUGUUGUAAUUCAAUUAAAAAUGUUCGUAGGAAUUUGAAAUUCAGACAAAAGACUUAUAUUUGCCUUUUAUAGACAUUGUCAAAUUUUCAAAACAUUUGAGCCAUUUUAUUUGUAGAUAUUCUAAUUUUUUGAGCUUUUCACGUAAUUUUUAUUCGGUAGAUACUCUAUGAAUAAAAUUGUUAAAUUAAACAGAAAUGCUUGAAAAAUUGACAGGAGGUUCAUUAUAAUUUUUAUAAAAAUCGUAUAUAUAUAUUUAUAAUAAUCAAAUAACACAUUUAUAAGCGUGUUAUUCAGUAGUACUUUUGUGAAUAGUAUAAUAUAAUAUAACCAUAGGUGUUCGCAGACUCCGGUUUCAGGAGCAGCAAGAGAUUAAUUCGGCCCAUUCUCCAAAUUCACCAUUAAAAUCAGCUCAAGGUUUUACUUAUAUUACUAGUGGAUAUCAAAAUUAAAAUUGUAUUGGUUAUUUGUUUUUCGGAUAAAAAGUUGUACAAUAAGAAACUAAAGUGUAUUUUUCCACAAGUCUAUGGUUAAUAUUUAUUAUUUUUAAUAAAAUAAAAUAUACAAACAUUAAUAACAAUAUAAAAUAUAUAUUUUAAAAAUAAUUAUACUCUGAAUCUGUAGGUACAAAAUUAGAGAAGUUUAUUUUUAAAAGAAAAAAAUCAAAUAGGUAUAUAACCUAAGUUUUAAAUGAAACAAUCAAAGCUCUAAUUCUUUUAUCUACAAUGGACAUCAUUUGUGGAAACAUAUUUUUAUUGAAGUCCAUUAUUCAAUAUUUGCCGGCCGCGAUAGCCCCAAAAAAAGUCCAGGGGCAGCAUAUGCUGACUCUGCUACCUCUAUGCGCACGCCUUUGAAUAUAACGGUUUUACAUCAAUUCUUUCAUCAGUAUAUAUAUAUAUAUAUAUAUAUUUAUAUAUUAAAACGAAUAUAAUACCUUAACGAAUUUACUGAACAUCAAUUGCUUUAAUCGGCAACGAAACUAAGCAAGUACAUUACAUGUACUUGAAAUAGAAUUGUAAAAAUACAAUCAACACCAGCGGUUUUUAUUUCAUAAAAAUUGACUUCGGCCGUGUAUGACAUACACAUUCAGGUACCGGUGUCCUAAACCUGUAAUUUACCUGUGUGUGUUGGAAAAAUAGGGUAAAUAAUUAAAUCAUUAUUAAAAAUGCGUUUAACGAAUUAUUUGUGUUGUUAUUAAUUAUAAUAAUAAAAAGAAUAAGGAUAUUUACAUUAUUGGUAAGUGCAAAAAAAUAAGACGGGCGGCCACUGUUGUAGACGGGUAGUAGGGAUGUUGGGAUACAUAAGUUAUUUAAUUUAUACCUGUAAUCAACAAUGAACCAUUGAUAACGAAAAACCAUUUGAAGUGAAAUUUGGUUAUAUACAUCUUGAAAGGUCGUAAUAUUUACGGUUUUCGUCAAAAUUAUUCCAUAAAAAAAAAAAAAAAACUGUAUUAAGCUACAAUAUUUUUUCUUUGCUCACAAAGUACGACUUUUAAUGAACCUCCUGUUAAAUUUUCAAGUAUUUCCGUGAAAUCUAACAAUUCAUCUAUAGAAUAUCACCUAAAUUAAUAAAUUACGUAACAAAUUCUCAAAAUUAAAACGUCUAUAAAUAGCUUAAAAAUAACAAAUGUUUUAAACAUUUUACUACGUUUAGAAAAAAGUAAGUAUACAUUUUCUGUAAAAAUUUCAAGUUUUUAAUGUCAAAAUCUAAAGUAUACAAAACAAUUCAAAAUCCAUUAAAAUUUUAAAAUUAUACAAAUUAAUGUUCAAGUCUUUACAUAUAUAGCGUUUGCAAUUAAUUUACAUUGAGAUCCAAACGUUGAAUUAUUAUUUGAAACAAUGUUUAAACAACAAUCUUAUUUCUCGUUAGGUUAGUUUAUAGUUAUAAUAGUAAUGUACUAUCCUUUGUACCUACUGCUUCACUAGACACAGCGUCUUGUCGAUCGUGAAUUCGUAAUAAUCACUAAAAACGUUCAAAUUAUUUGUAAUAUUAUUCAAAAAAAUAAUUGGCUAUUUUUGGAACUGGUUAGGAAUGCGAUUGAAACCACUGUGUAACGUUGUUAACAUUGAAACAACCAUAAUUACUAACGAUGGGAACUACCGAAUAUUCACUUCUGAACUGUUCGAUAUUCGAUUAACUAGUGAAAAAAACUUUUUAAUAGUUGAAAACUGUUCGGUAGGCAGUGGAAAAAAUUAAUCAAUAGCUAUUAUCCAAUAUAUUCUUCGGUAAUAAAAUCCACAAUUUAUGUUCGACGUAUAAGAAAAAAUCGUUACAAACAGACAAACGCAUCUGAUAUAUACUUAUAAGAUAUAAAAAUACUAACCGUUCUAAUCAUAUUUUACCUCAGAUAUAUGAUCGUGAUUUUACCAUUCAGAAUCGUGUUUUGUUACAUUGAUUUAUUCUUUCUUUUAGUACGUAAACUAUAAAUUACUCUAUAACUUUGAAGGUGCCUUCGACCUUCCAGGCUUUUCACCGACAACAGUGGCCUGCCUAUGGUGCGAAUAAGUAUAUAUCCAGCUUUUAAUAAUAAUAUGUCAUUUGUAUUGUAAAAAUGUUGACUUAGAGCGGGUGGUCCAUUGUGUACAACAAUAUUUUGAUGGCACUAUAGUUGUGACAUGGGACGAGCAUUGUAUAAUGAAAUUAAUUUACCUACGUUCAAAAUUAAUUGUACUUGUAGAAUUAUUAUCAUUACAAUUGGAUAAUCUCAUUAAUACGUUUGAGUUUGUACUGGAUAAGUUCAUAGAGGAGAAGUUCAUACAAUGUCACAAUUGUUAUAGUUAUCAAUUUUUGAACUGUUUGAAGUUUAAAUGUUCACGAAGCCCAUAAACAUAGUUUAGAUUCUAAGCAAUCUGAGAAGUGUAUUGCGUUAAAAUAUAAUGUGUGAUUUAUUUGUGUCCGUCUGUAAACCACUUUUCUUCUGGAACUCCUGUUCCGAUUUUCCUCCAAGUUUGUAAAAUAUGAGAUCAGUACUUUCUUACACAUGGUAAAAUUUUCAAAACACUGAUGAUUUUUUAGUUAUUUUUAGUCGUUUGAACUGUAGAGUUUUUUCGGUUUUAAUUUGGUUUUAUGCCGAUACAAUCAUUAUUUGGCCCAAAAUAAUAUUCGAACACAGUAAACAUAAUAAAUUUAACACAGAGUUCAUUAUAAGGUGUAAUUAGUGGUUAAAAAAAAAAAGUUGAGCGUAAUGUAAAAUCAUUUUUUUUUUAUUCAAAGUUCAAAUUUCUAUGAAAAUAAAAAAAAAUAUGUAAAAUUCGUUACUUAAAAAUUUUAAUUAUUUUCAUCGUUUCAUGUUUAACUGAACUUUUGAAUUUUAAUUUAACCAAUCGUGGAAUAUUUUUCUUAAUUUAACUUCGCCUGAUCAAGUGAAUUAUUAUCAUUAAUUAAUUCGCUCUUCUUCACUGUGAUCAAUAAUUAUCGUACUAAUAGACGUGCUCAAUCUAAAUUAUUAAAAGACAAAGAAUAGGUAACUAAUACAUGAGCAAUUACGUUAUUUCGAGAAGAAUAUUUUACAUUUUUUGCAUUUUAAUCACACUGCAGAUUACGAGUCAUCCGAGAGACAUGAGAGAAAUAAUACGCAUAAUACGUACGCGAUACUCGUACUUAUUAAAGGAGAAUAAAAAAAUACUUUUUUUUUUUUUACGUGUUCAGCAUCUCUUUUAUUGAAUAAAACUGGUAUAUCAGAUGGAAUUACAUUCAAACGAUAGUUAUACUGCACGUACAGCGUACAUGUAUAUAAAUGGAAUAUACAUCAUAUUAUGGGAGUACGUGAAAAAGUUUCGUCGCAAACUAAAUUAUAGUAAUAAUAAUUAACUUGUAGAUCUCAAAGUUACGAUAAAAAGAAAAAAAUCGUUAGAUGUGUUGUAUUACCGUAUUUUUCUCAUAGCAAAAAAUAAUGUUUUUUUUUUUUUUUAUGUCGGAAAAUAAUUUUUUGUAAAAAAAUGCUGCAGUGUUAAUGUCAGACUUUCCUUGAAAUACAGACUAUUACACUGUAUUAUGUCUGUAAUAUCCUUGGGUUUAGACCAGAGAUAUACAGAAGGAGGAAGAACGACUCAAGUCAAUUUUUCAUUUUUCUUAUUUAAUUUUUUUUUCUCAUAAUUUUUCCAUCAUUACCAUUAUUUUUUCCCAUUUUAUGAAAAACAGGUUGAACAAUCAAACUUUUAGUAUUUUACGGAAAUAUUGUACACCUACUAAUUUUUGUUUUUAAAUAUGAACAUUUGAAAAACUUAUUAAAUUAUUAAGAUUAGGUUAUUUAAGCUAUGCAACAAAGUUUUUUUUUUGGGUGAAUUAACUCUUUUCCCAUAAUUUGGCAAAUUUAUCAAAUAUAAUAUUAAUUAUGAACUAAAUAAUUAAUUAAUCAUUUCAACUAAAUCUUUAUGUAAAUUAUUGUAAUUUUCAAAAUAGGUUGCUGUUCAAAAAUCAAAAGUGGGUGUUUAAUAUAGUUUCAAUACAAAACGUAAUAUAAUACGUAAAGAUGGAAAAAUAUAAAAUUUGAUAAUUGCUGGUAGCUUUUUGACGUUACGAGUAGUGUGCAUAAAAAAAAAAAAAAUUAAACGUAAUGCUAUUUAAUAUUAAAUGCAAUUUUCUCAGGUGAUAUUAACAAGAUGAUUUAAAUAAAAAAAUCGUACGAAAAUUACCCGCUGCAGUGUGAUUAUUAAAUAAUAUAACCAUUCAAUCUUAACGUAUUCAUCACGAUUUUGGAGUUUCAUAAUAUUUUUAAACGUAUAUUAUACGAAAUUUAUAUUAACUACUAUUAUAUUAUACAACUUAUAUUUACUUAGAUGAAACUCCGGAAACUUAUGCAAUUUACCGAAUUUCGUUAAAUGAACGUUUUUUUAAAAAAAAUAAAACUUCGGUGCUCAAAGAACAUUUUAUAAUGCGAAAUAGGUUGACCGGAGAUGAUUUAGAAUUUACACUGAAUAUUAUAUAUAAUACGAUGUAUUUGUGUCCACUCUGAGUAAAUGAACUUUACAGGAAUAGUAAUUAAAAUGACGAUAAUAUAAACGUAUAUGCGGGAAUUGCAGAGUAACGGACCUAAUAAUAUUAUUAUAUUAAUAAAUGAUUCAAUACCAGUAAAACCCUACAAGAAUCAAUCGGUCAAAAAGUUUUGCGUUCAUAAAACAUUUUGUCUACAACGAAAAUAAUUUCAUUUUUAACUCUUAAGAUGAUUUAUUAGCUAUAUAACGGGAAACUUACAUGCGGGCCUAGCCAUUAAGAAGUCGCGCAAAAAUAAAAUUUAAAAAAAUGUUUGUAGUAGAACUCUGUGACUAGAAUUUUUCCAUGUAUUUUGUAGAUAAUGGAAUUUUUCUUUGAAAAAUAAUAAAUAACAAUACAAUUCUAUGUGGUAAUAAUUAAUAAUACAAUACUAUACUUUACUAUACUAUACUUAUAAUAGUAGUAUACUAUUAAUUAUAAUUACUACUUUCGAAUAAAUAGUGAAAUGUUAUCAUAAAAAUAGUAAGGGAAAGAUGGGUUGAAUGUAAGAACCCCCAAGAAGCAUGUCCUUGAUACGAAUGCUAUGCAUAAAGAAUAUUUUAUUUCCCCGACUUCAUUUUAGAAGUCUGUAGAGGUAUAUAAAUCUAAAAAAAAAAAUUCCUCCGUCAGCAAUAAUAUGAUUAUAGUUCAACUCAACUUUUAUAAUAUCAACUUGCCUACAAAACAAGUUUGACUCAAGAAUCUGAACUCUCUCGGCCCAGAGAAAACCGCUAAAAAUGUCCAAAAUAGCGUGAAAAAAAAAUGUAUGCAUAGAGUGUCUUACAAGGAUAUACCAUGAGAGGUAUCAGAUGGUAGUGAAUAAUUUAAUACCAUGUAUAGUAUUCUGAAAUUAUCAUUAAACUAACACAUUUUGAUAUAAUACCAAAAUACUAGUUAUUAUGUACGUUUAAUACACUAUUUUUAUGUUAACUAAACAAAAUAUUAAAAAUCACGAGGUUAAUAAAAAUAAAAAAGUUGAAACAUUUUCUUAACAUUUUUUUUGAAAAUAAUAAAAUAAAAAGUUAUUUUUUCAUAUUUUUUUUUAUUUAAACAUGAAUUUAAUUAAAAUAUAAAUAUUUGAAGUCAUUUUCCCUGUAAGCCGUGAGUCAUAUAACAAAAAAAAAAAAACAAACUAGAAUUUGAUUAUAAUUAUUACCUACCCCAAGAGAUAUCGAAAUGGGUACAUAUUCGUGAGACAUUCUGUAUAAUAGACAGUGUCUGUUUUACAUAAUGCAGUGCUAUAGUCUCUAUUUUUAGGAAAAAUUCGACCAAAAAAAAAAAAAAACAAUGUAUAUAGAAAAUGUACUUGUCGACAUUUUAUAAAAUAUUAAUUUCCAAUGAGAAUUAGUUUUAUAUGGUUCUUUUAAUUUGUGUUCUGAACAACUUUUUAAGUACUUAUCUUGUUCUAAUCAUUUGUAUGUUUCUUGUAGAUAUUUUGUUUAUUUGGUAUAUUGAAGAGACGAUUUCUUAUAUUUCCUUGUUCUAUUUUAAUAAUGUGAAAAACUGAGGAAAAGUAAAAAAAAACCACCAGCUAAUCAAUCUGGUUAACUGUUUCAAAUAGGUACCUACAUUUACACCAAAACGGUUUUUUUUUUUUGUUUUUACGUUGUUAUACAUAAUCUUAGGUAUUUGAAAUUUUCAUUAAAUAAUUAUCAUUUUAUAUUAAUAUUUUCUAGAGGUAUUACAAUUAUUUAUAUUUGUAGGCAUCUUUAAAUUAGUUAUAGUUAUUUGAAACAUUUUUUUGCUUCGUAUAAAUUAUUAAAAAUUGAAUAUUGGCUUACUUAUAUGUUUAUUUUUUUUUUAUUAUUAUUCCAGAAUACAAAUAGCGACAAUUUAAUCGAAAAUCCGAAUUUGUUAGACACUUUCGAUAAUGGUUUAAUAUUUAUAGAGAAUUAUGUAAACUAAUGAUAAGAAUUUAAUAUGGUCUUCAAAAUUGUAUACUCGGUUUUUCUCUAAAAUUUCUUUGAUAAGUAUCUAUAUUUAAUUUUAUUUCGUGUGAAAAACAUUUUAUGGUAAAACAUUAAUAAUAAUGACUUGUGACUACUUGUAAAAUAGGUAAUUUAAAAAUAUUUUUGAAUCGAUACAUUUUUCUACCAGGCAAAACUUGCUCCGAGCAUCAACUGUAGAAGAAGUUGUAUAACGUCGGUGUAUGAGGGGACAUUUUUUAGACGCGGUACACUUUUCAAAACAUCCUGGCUAAUUUUUGAGUUAUUUAUAGCCUUUUCAAAUUAUAUAGUUUUUAUUUGGUUUUGUGUGGUUUGUUUUGGCCCAACAAAAAUACUCUUAAAUUUAACACAAGUUAAUAAAUAAGCGUAAUGUAGUAAUUAUUUUUUUUAAAGCGUUGUUUUAAGUGGAUUUUCGUUAUACACAUUAAAUGACUCGAGAUUGGUUGUAAAUAAAUUUUUAAUAAAUAAAUCGAUUUUAAUUUUUUCCGUUAUUUUGUGUAAAUAUAAUAAAACGUCUUUACGCAGUACAAUAAUUGCGAUGACGUUCUAUUAAUUUCCUAACGACAUUUUGCGAGUUAUAUAUUUUAUAGAAGAACUUAUCGAUUUCGUUGCUCGCAGUAAAUAAUUGCGCCGCAGUGUAUGUAUACUUCUUAUAUGAUUGAACUCGAGUCAUGUCCGCAAAAUUGCGUUUAUGUUCAAAACUUUUAAUCGCUUUUUCGUUUUGGUUCUACACGAACACGUUUGCGGAAAUUACUUGUUUUAUAUAACGUGUCUCCGACGAAGUUGUUUUAAAUCUUAUAGAAUCUUGUACGGCAUAUAAUAAAGAAUGCUGCGGUAUUGUUGAACAAAAGUGACAUUUUUACUUUUUCCCUUUUUAGUAAAACCCAGGCCAAUAAUAACAUUUCUAUAGUACCCACAGUCUACAUACUAUAAUAACGCAACACAAAAAAAGUACUUUUCAAAGUAAUUCAGUUAUGUCUAGAUGGUGUAACGUUUUUUGAAGAAAAAUCCGCCUGUUUUACCACAUUCUCUAAAAUAUAUUUUACUCGCUGUCAAAGGUAUAAAAAGUAACAUUUUACAAAAAAACCGACACUCACCGAUACGGUUUUCCUCAUAAAUUUCUUUCGGUUGAUUUCUAUUUGAUUUCGAAACCGUUUUUAAAGGCCUUUUUAUUUCUUUUACGUAAUCUAAUUGUUUUUUUUUUUUUUACGACAGAAACUCAUCGGUAUCAUCGCUUCUGAAGUUUUCUGUUCGUGAUUUAUGUUAGUUAUUGAUAGACGAUGCACAGUGACAUGUUUUUUUUUUUUUUUUUGAGCACCAGGGAUAAAUGAUAAUAUUCGAACGAGUAAAUUCCAACUACGUCUCAUCUAUGGUUUUUAUUUUUGUAUAGACGUAAUUUUAUACACAAGAACGUAUAGGCCGUAAAAUUAAAUUACCUACCCGUUCCAAUUAUAUAAUAUUAUUUUCCACCUAAUUCGUCAUUAUCGUCACUAUAACGGAUGCGUUAUUAAAAGUAUUAAAGUUUGUCACCAGAUUUCGACGGGUAUUACGACUUUUUUGUUUUAUAACCUUAUGACAGUUAACCACGUGCCAUGUUUAACAAGUAGUUUCCACUACCUUACACCCUUUUACUAUAAAUAUAAUCAACUAAAAAACUAUAUAAUUCGUAUAUACUCCCAUUGAAUGGGAAUUAAUCUAUUCAACGGUGGUGACAAUUAAUAAUCAAUGGAACAGAGAUUGAAAUUAGUUAACAUUUUAAAAUUCUAUUAACCCCCCCCCCAAAAAAAAAAAAAAAAAAACUAACAAUUAUCCAAAAGUUACUGUUUUUUAGAUUUUAAGAACAGUAAAGAAUAUUCUUAAUUUAUUAUCAUAGUAAAUAAAUAUUUAAAUAACAAAUUUAUAUAUAAAAAUAAAAUCAAUUAAUGAAUUCAUUGCCAAAAGUAUUAUGAUAAGUGUAUAAUACAACCGGUUUCAAAUUAAAAAUUCAUCAUUAGGUACAUCAAAAUCAAAAUGUAAAACGACACAACUACACAUUAAUUUAACAAUUUUUAUCAAGUACAACAACUAUAUAAAUAUCCUACUCAAUAUUAUAAAUGAGACAGUUUUGCUUGGAUGGUUUAUAAUCAUUUCUCACCUAAAACUAAAAAUUAAGUAAAAAACUAGCAAAAUUAAAAUUUGUUUAAAUAGCUCAAAACCUUUUACCACGCUUAGAAAAAGUGAAUUCAUGUUUUCUGUCCAAAUUUCAAGUUUCAACAAAUAUUAUUAAGUAUAGUAAAUAAAUAUAUAAAUAAAAAAUCUAUACAUAAAAAUAAAAAAUUAAUUAAUGAAUAUGACGUGUCGCCUGGAGUGUUGUGAGUCACGUUUUACAUUUUGACUGUGAUUUAUCCGAUUAUGAAUUUUUUACUCGAAAUCGAUUGUAUAAUAUACUUAUCAUAAUACUCCAGGCAACACAUUCAUUCAUUUAUUUAUUUUAUUUUUAUGUACACAUUUUUUAUUUAUAUAUUUAUUUACGAGUAUUAACUAUUUUUGUAAUUUUGUUUUUACUUUACUAUUUUAUUAUUUAUUAUUUUCAGACUACUUUUGAACACUGCGGGUUCCCACUAAACCUAAACUCGGGAAUUAGUGUUGUUUUAUACGCGGGUUGUAAUAAAAGUUGGGUUAUUAUAUAUGCUUGGAAAAUCAAGCAUGUACCUUUUGAGGGUUUCAACUUUCAUCUCUACCAUUUAUAUGAUUAAAUUUCACAAUAUUUUCGGAAUUAGCUUAAUAACAUUAUAGUAGGUAUAGUAUUUUAUAUUAUUUUAGUAUUCGGUAAUUUAUCGUUUUUCCAUAAAUAUUUCUAAAUGAUAAAUAAUACUAAAAAUAUAUUAAUUUUUAUGAUACAAAAUAGGUGGGGUAAAAUUCGACUUCAGUGUCGGAGGUCUGCUACAUACUGUGUAACUUUUAUAUUUUUGACAAUGACAACGAAAAUAUGAUUUUCUUUUUUUUUUAAGUUCGUUAUUAUGUUAUAUUCGAAAUGUUUAUUAACGUGGGUGUCUCAGAGAAUAUGUAUGGAAAAAAAAGUAUUUCUAUUCGUUUUAACUAUAGGUAGUUGGUAGUGUCAACUUGAUUAUUUAAACAUGAAUAAUAAUAUGCCAACUCUCUUCAGUAAUAAUAAGGAAGUCAGGUGGAAACUUGACGGGUUUUUUUUUUGAAAGCUCAUGGAAAAGUUGUACUCGAUAGUAAUUAUACGUACCUAUAGAUACAGAAAUAAAAUUGUACGUUUUUAAAAAUAUAUCUCUCUUGUCGAUUCCAUAUAUUUUUAUUACUACGAAUCAACCGAACCGUUGUAUUUUAAUGUGUAUACCUAUUAGAUAUUUUUUCGUUUGAAAUUAUAAAUGAUAUUAUAUAUAUAUAUAUAUAAUAUAUAGAUACUUUGGGUACUCGAUAAAAAAUAUAUUAUGACACCUCGAGUCGUCAUUAAAAUUUAAAACUGAUUUAUUUUUCCUAUAAAAUAAAUAUGUACUCGACAACACUUUACGAAAUUGCAAAGUUAUUUAAAAAAAUAAUAACGACUAUCUAGUUUUUGUUUGUUUUCAGUUUUGGCUUUUCAAUCUCUAUACAUAUUCUUUUACCCACAGUUUUAAUACGUACUUUUGGUUCACCAGAGACUUUUGGUAAUAAAGUAGGGAGGUACUUAUUGAAUUUCAUGAUUUAAAUUUUAAAAUUGGUUUCGGGGAUUUAGUGUGAUAAAAAAUGAUUUUCAAAUUUUUACUAUCGAUUUCGGUUAAAACUGGUGUUAAAAUAAUAAUUUGAUUAAUAUUCUUUUGAAAAUGUGCAAUUAAAACAAAUUUUCGAAACUAGUCUUCAAAUUGAUUUCAAUAUCCCGGAAAGAUUUUGCUAUCGUGACACGAAUAUGAAAUGAUGUCAAAUAAUUUAAACAGGAUGAGUUUUGUAGCUGACGUCAGGAUAUUAUUGUUAUAAGCAAGCUUCUAAUUACAGGGGACGCACUAAUGAGCACACACAAUAUUAUUAUAAUGAACGGUAUAAUGAAAAUGUCAAUUAAACGUUUUUCCUCUUGUAGAUGGAGUAAAUCGAAAAUUGUAUAAUUUUUUUUUUCGAGUAGAGCUUAAUAUUUUAAACGAUUCUUACUGAUUGAAACAUAUAUUUUGCUUCAAAAUGUUUAAUAUACGAUGUAAUAUUUAUUUUACUUUUCAAUAUUUUCUGAGCACAUUUCAUUCAUGCAGUUAGUAUAUCUUUUCAAACGGCAAAUCUGGAGACACGAAUCUCCUUAUUACUUACAGUUGGUUUAGAUACUUUGAAAUGAGUAUGUCUAUAGAUACUUAUGUAACAAAUACUAUGAUUUGAGAUACUUACCGAUACUUAUAAUUUAUAUAUUUAAAUACUAGAAACUUGAUACUCGAUUAUACAUUAAUGUAUUAUUAAAAUAACAAUAUUAAUUACAUUUUUCACGUAUAAUGUAUUUUCAAAGAUGCUGUGGUUAUAUUCUAUUUGAAAAAUUUUUUGGAAUUCCCAGUAAUGUCCCCCAUUUCGUACAAUCACUUUCAGUUCGAUGUUUUUUUUGAAAAGCCCCGUGGAAAUGACUCAGCUUGCUUCUUCGGGCAUCUAAGGGCAAGGUACUUUAAAGAAACAUGUAGAAACUAUAGACUCGAUAUUAGAUGGGUAGAUUGACUCAAGUAACUUAUAAUACAAAUAUACUUGAUACAUUUUAAACUUAUAUCGCGAUAGAGGAUACAAUUGUAUCUAAGAUGCUCACAUGGAUAAUAGUGUUUAAUCCUUUUAUAACCACCAGCAAAAAUAUAGUCUAGCCAAACUCCGUUAUGAAAUAUAUCGUAGAAUACUAAGAGUAAGUAGAAAUUCCCUUUCAGUAUAAUCUUCUGAUUGUUGACCUCCGUUUUGUUUUUCAAAUAAAUGUAUUUUUCCUGCUCGGAUUUGGAACUCGGGUUUUGCGUGAUACACCGCACUGUGAAUAAGGGCACACGAAUAUGGUUUUUUUUGUGCCAAAAAAAUGACACAAUACACGUAUGCUAAUUUUAUGGUGCGAUCCUUAUUAAUAAAUUGCCUCUUUUGUCAAGUGUGAUGUCCGUGAUGUCUCCCUGGCCGUCCCUCGGGCUUCACAGUUUAGGGAACGCAUCACGGAAUACAAUAUUAUUAUUAUAUACAUACAUUGUGAGAGCUGAUGUCGUUGUGCCCGUCGUCAAACAAUUGUUAUUUAAAUACAAAAAAAAAAAAAAACACGAACAAAAAAAAAUACAAUUGUAAAUGAUAUAAAAUUGUUUUUUAAUUCAUGCGUGCGCAUAUCAAAUAAUUAAUUGUUUUCAUACACGAUUUUAGAAUACGUUGUAGUUUUUUUUUUUAAUUUAUAAGUAGGUACCUACUUACAUUUGAUUAUUAUUUUAAACGCAUAGUAUUUAAAACGUUUCGAUUAUAUUGUAUUAUGAGCAGAUUGCUAUGAUGUUGUAUUUUGUAUAUACAGUGUGAAAAAAAAUUGUUUUAUCUGGAUUAAUUAAAAUUACACUAGGCGAAAAUAAAUCGUCUAGAAUAAAUAAAAUAACAUAAUAAUACACCAUAGUUCGAUUAAAUAAGAAAAUAAUAAUUUCAUAUCACUAAUGAUUUGAUGCCGACUUUUAAGGGACCUUCGAUUUUAUUUAAAUUUAUUAAAGUUACAAACAUUUAAAAAAAAAACCCUUAGUAAUAUUUCCAAAAAUAUCAGCUAAAACAUUUUUCGGAAACGUUACAUAAAAAACGACUAGAACUUAAUUUUAAUUUAACAAGGUAUGAUGCUUAAAAAAAAGAUAGACAUACUUCGCACGAAGAGUGAGCCGCUGUUAUAGAUGAGAAGUUAAAAAGGUAUAAGUCAUAGAAAAGAAUUUAAUGUAUAAUGUAUACCUAUAUGCAACGAUUAAACAUUGCUUACGAAAAACUAUUCUAAGCGGAGUUCGGAUAUACAUGCUUUAACAAUUUUUUUGUCAAAAUUUAAAUAUUAAAUUUUUAAUAAACAUUAACCACGAAGUAUGACUUAUAAUGAAUUUCUUGUAAAUUUAAAAGAAAUGUACCCAAUAAUGAAUUUAGUCCUAUUCCAUAGGGUUGGUUUAAUUAUAUUUAUUGUAAUCAUCAGUUUAGGUAUUAGUAUAAUUUUAUGUGAUAAUUGUUAUUAUUUUUUUUAUUUCAAUAUUCUUAAUGGGAAGGGAGAACAAUCUUCCUAUUACUCCCCUCACCCCGGAAUACGCCUUUAUAAUGAAGAGGGUAAGUGGGCUAUAUGUUGUUCUAUUGGGACGGUUGAUAAAGUGUGCUGUAUCAGACACAAAAUCAUGGCACGCCUAAUGCCUAUUAUGCUACUACGCUAUGUUAAACUAUUUACUUUUUACCGCCAAACACAACUUAUGGUGAACCUCGUGUAAAAUUUACGAACGUACUUUGGAAGACUUUGUAAAAAAAUUAUAUCUAUAUAGAUCGAAAAAUAAUACACGAAAUUCCGCAUGAUUUUAAAGAUUUUUAUUGAAAUUUCAACUUUAAACUCGUUUACAAAAAAAUUCUAUAUUACGCCAAAAUUUUUUUGACUACUAAGUGCAACUUAUAAUGAACCUCUUAAUAAAUUGUUAAGCAACUCGGUUUGGCUGAACAUUUUUAAUCACACACAAUCUAAAAAAAAAAACUGGAAAAUGUCAAAUGCCUAUAAAUAGCUCAAAAAUUGAUUGAGCGUUUUGAUAAUUUCACCAAAUCUGAAAAGCCCGUUUGGUCAAGAGAGAUUCACUAUAAAUUUUCAAAAGUAACAUGAAAAGGGAUUACAGAUAAAAUACAGUGCAAUAGUUUCUAUUUUCGGGGAGAAUCCAACAAAAUAACAUGACUGUGUUAAAUAUUGUUUUUAGAAACAAUACACUAGUCCACAGAUCACUCUGUACGCAUAUAUUGCAUGAAUUAUUAAAAAUAUAUGUAUAGCUACGUAAAAACAGUAUGAACGUUUUAUUUCGAAUGCGUAUUGUAUUUGGAAAAACAAAAAAAAAAAAAAAACAAAUAAAAACCAUUAAAUAUAGAAAAUAAUUUAUUAUUGUUUUUGAAAAAAAAAAAAUAAUAAUAAUAAUAAUAAUAAACGCUAUGAAUAUAUGUAAAAACCGUUCGGUCACGGGAUAAAACAGAAUAAUACAUAAAUGCGCGCGGUCCGUAUAAAAUAAAAUUUAAAGCGUAAAAGAUUAACGAUUGGCGCGUAUACUUAAUGAGGCGAACACUCAAAAACAUGAAAUACGUCUGCCGUUUAUAUUUAUAUGUUGCGGUUUAAUUCGUUUAUAAUCUGCGUCCUCCUGCGUUUUAUUUAGUGGUCCGCGAAUCGUUCUUUUGAUUUAAUCGUGUCGCGUUCCACCGAAAACAAGGGUUCGUACUUAACCGACCGACAUCGUAAUAAGUAGUGGACCGUGGAGAAAUCGAGAACCAAGAGGAGGUAGUGUAAUUAUUCGCGAGUUUUACAGGGCAAAAAUCUAUACAUCGCCGUGUUUCGGCUAACGGAAUGUUCGAAUGUCUCAUUUUUAAACAACAAUUUAAUGAAUAUUAUUAGAUUCCGAGUGUAGCGGCGAAUGCGCUAUAAGUUUUACAAAGAUAUGCGAUUUCCUUUCUCGGAAAUCAAAUUUGCAUACGGCUAGUAAAAUUGCUCUGAUUUUUUCAUGUCACAUACCUAAAGAGACGCGGGUUUUUUUCCAUCCGAUAGUGCUUUAUUUAAAACAUUUAUCGAAAUGUUCAGUAGUUCAUCCUCUAUAGGUUUUUUUUGUUGAUUUCCUCGACAACGAGGAGAAAACACAAUUUAUGUACUCAUUCGCUCAGAAUGGUUUUUUCGUUCGUAGUGAUUUAAAAAAUAGAUGAGAUAAAAAUAUAUUUUCUAUAAUAUUGCACGCGAUAUUUUGCAGACGUAGCUGAACAGUUAGGAGGACCGAUCGAAAAUGAAAUAUACGGCCCCAGUCUUAGAUUCGGUUCCAGGACCAACAACGUUACCAAAAUAGUUCAAGGUAAAAUAACAUUAUCGUGGCUCUGGUGAUUUACCGCGGCCGGAGUUUAUUGUUCUACUAACCGUCGGAAUUAUAUUAUUACGUACCGUUUUAGACUUUCAAAAGAUAUUUCCAAAAGCACGGGAAAUCAUUUUGCAUGCCGAAUCGAUCAAAGACGACAUUGUGGUGUACAACGGGAGAAUAAUCAAAUUGAACGCCGAAUUGCAAAUGAUACCCGAACGGUGUCCUUCCGAAGUGUCCGUAAUGUGCGACAUGAUCGUCAAUAACAGAUUACAAACGGAAAACUACACGUACUUGGUGCGUAAAUACUACAGUAUUUUUUUAAUACCGUUAGUUCGGCGAUAUCGUCGGCAAUAAUUAUUGCUGUAUAUGUUAACAGGAUAAUUUGAUGGAUUUGAUUAAAGACGUUUUGAACGUAGAAAACGGCGGACUGUCGAAUCUUCGGUUGACGUCAGCGGAAAACGUAAAUAACAUUCCAAGAGCCGUGCACGAUCAAACGGAAAAAGAGAGAUCGCGUGAGUAGAACUUUGAUACGUAUUUUUUUCAAUGCAUAUAUAUUUUACUAUAUCUUUUUAUUCAAUGGGAAUCUGUACAUUGUAUACGCAUAUGCAAAAUUAUAUUAAAUAAGCUGUCACGCCCGUCGUUGCCCGUGUCAAUUUUUCCUAACUUUUUUUUAACCUGUAUUCCUUUUUUAAUCUUCCUUUCCGUUGCUCAUCUGUUUCUGAAGCUCGUAAUGCCUUUUUCUUUCGUGCUUCAGAUGUAGAUCGACCAAUAUAUUUCAAUUUGGGGGGGAGGGCAUCACUGUCGACGAUGCAGUGUUCAAAAUAUUAAAUAAGUUAUGUCUGUCUUAUAAGUAUAUGUCUCAUAUCACCAACGAACUGAAAUGUACACAAUAUUGAUUUCUUCGUCGGUUAAGCUUUUGCCCAUUGACAGAUUGAUUUUAAAGAUAUGGCGAAUCUCUAUUCGACGACUGCCAUGGCGAGUAGGACGACUCAAACCGACAUUAUUAUUAUUUCAUAGGUGUAAAACAAGCUUUGAUGGAUCACAGACGUCAAUUGGAAUUCUCCAUUUAUCCGUACGAAAGUCACACGCGUAAGCUCAUCUCUAAACUGAUGGACAUGAAAGAACUGGCCAACAAUUACGUAGUCCGCCUGAAAGAAAUGGAAACAUACAGGUGGUCCGUCAGUGUCGGUGAGUAUAUACGUAUAUAUAUAUAGCUGUUAUAAUAUUUAACCAAAAAAAAAAAAUCCAUAAAAUAGAAGCGUGUCGUGUACAUUCUGACGGUUAUUGUUUUCAGGACUAGCGAUCGCGGCGCUUUCAGUUUGGAUUUUUUUAGCGUGUAGCAUUGUGGUAAAUUACUGUUCGCACACGGCUUGGGCGAAAUGUUACUUUUUUGGGUAAGAUAUGACUUUUAUAACAUAAUCUAUUAAUAAUAAACCAUAUUUUACACCACUGUUGAUUAUCACCGGCAGUUAAAUUGUGUAUAAAUAAUAAUUAACAGGGUCUAAGUCAUGUAUAAUUGGAGUGAAAUGUAAAUCCAUAUAUCAAAAUGUAUUCGUUAGUUAAAAAAAAAAAAUCAUAAUGUUAUUAUAUUACUUUUAUAACUAUUUUCGCGGCCCCAUAAAAAGUAGGAUCUUAAUAAAAAAAAAACAAUAUACUUUUCGGUAAAUAAAAUAAAUGUAUAAUUUUUCUCGCAAUACAGAGCACAUAUUUAAGAUUUUAGAUUCUUAACGAACCGGGGAAGCUGUAUUAUUAUAGUUUUACAAUGUUGCUUGAUGUUAGGAUUUUGGUUUUCUUUUUGCCAAAAAAAAACUUCUCGAAGUAAUAAAAAAGUUGAAAAAGUUUUAUCCGAUGACUUCUUAGACGGGCAAUUGAACAUGAACGGUGCAGUGCUUUAGAGAGGGGUCCGAAAAUCGCAAAAUACCGCGAAAGGAAAACAAAAAAUAAAAAAUAAAAAUAAUAAUGCACAAAUAAAUCCAAGGGAUAAACGUCAAUAUUUUAACCAUGAGCCGAAUCGUUUUUUUAUAUUUUUUUUCGGAUUUGAUGACAUCCCUUAGAUUUUUCGGUGUGUUCAAAUAAAUUAUUGUUAAACAAUUUACCGAUAUGUAUCGAUUUUGUUCUCGUUUUUAUGUACCUAGCUGCAUCAGUGCGAUGCGUCUGACCUGCCUGGCAUUGUGGACCGCGGCUCUGGCAGGUUUGGUGCUGAGUAGCAACGUCGAGGCGAACUUCUGUAGGCCUUUGUACGACGAGCCGACUUACGAGACCGUUUCGAAAAUAAUGGACAGUCCGGCCAUCACGAGUGAACGUGGGUUCUUCUCUUGGUUGGUCUUCGGGAACGACACGCCCGUCGCUCCGUUCCACCAAGUCGUCAAGUAAGGAUAUUGUAAACAUUAUGAACAGUCCGAAUAUACAGGGUGAUCAACAUAACGUUUAUAAGACACGCAUCAUCUCGGAAAGUAUUGAAUUUACAUUUUCCGGCUUUAGUUUUUUUUAAAUGUUUUUUAUUUUUUAUGAAAGAAGCGGCUCUAAAAUGCCACAUUUUUUUGUCACCCCGAUUUUCGAUGGAAAAACCACCAUAUUUUCUUCAAAUAGCAACCUGUAUCAAAAGUUCAAAAAAAAAAAAGUUAAAUUUGAGUUUGAAAAAAUGUUUGCGUUGAAAUUUUUAAUUGACUUCAUCCCAUUGACGAAAUAUUUAACAUAUGAGUUUGGGUAGGGGAAAAGUAGUGUGGAACGAAAUUCAAACGACGUGCGCCGUGCCACCACACAAAUAAUGUUCCGUUACUUUCCUCUGAUCAAACUUUAAAAUGCAAUACGUCCUCAAUAAGUUGACGAAAAUCAAAUAUGUCAACACCGCAACAUAUUCAAACUAUUAAACUGAUAUUCCAUCUAUUUAUGCAAUUUUUGCUAUAUUUUGCCAUUUGAAAAUCAAAAACGAGUAGUGGUUAUACCCCCUAAAAUAAUAUGACAACAAAUACGACAAUAUUAAAUUUAAGAGCUGUUUAUUUCUAAAAUGUUUUUAAAUAGUUAAUAAUUUCCUGAUAAUGAAUAUUCACUUUAUGUUGAUCAUCCUAUAUAGGCGAUUAAGUAUAUAAGAUGGUUUUUAAAAAAAUGGGCUGAAGAACACGCUACAUAAUAAACAUUUAUUAUCUCAGUCUUACAAACGCCGUAGCACAUGACUAAUUUACGUUCACCGGAAUCAAUUUUGGGCUGUAAGUUUUAACAAUACUGAUCUAUUAUCAGAAGAGGCACAUUAUCUGUAUAGGUAUUUUUAUUCGUCAUUUUAAUUUUUAAGCGAGAUUUUUGAGCGUGUGUAAUGUCACAAUUUUAAAAACAGUAAAUACAUUGUUUCAAAAUUAAAAUAUCCAAAAAAAACCGACGUAUAAACACAGAGGUGAGACAUCGAUUAUUAUAGACAUUAUGUUCUUACAUUUAUGUUUAUCGAGUUCACUCUAAUAUGAAAACUAAAAGCAAAAAAUCACUUCAGCUUUUUUAUGGAAAAAUGUAAAUUUAAUAAUAUGCUAUGAUGCGUUUUAAAGAAAAAUACAACCAGAUGCAUGUGUAGCGUUUGCUUAAGUCAAAUAUAGCUCCAAGAGAAAUAAAAAAAACGUCGUAAAAUUAUUUUUCGUUUUAUAUUUUUAGAACUGUUGUUUUAUUUAUGAUUUAUAUGAUAUUUUUUUUCUAUGAUGCGUGUAUAUUCAAUGAAUAACUGUUUAUUCUUAACAGUUGCGUAGCUGACUUAAGACCCUUAGCAUUUACCUUUUACACGACUUUACGGCCUUUCGCGUUUCUACUUAAACUGUCUUUUUAAGUAUUGCAUGCAUAAUAAUAUAUCGUAUUGUGACUCGAGCCGGUUAAUAUAUUAUUUUUUCGUGGCCGUUUGGCACAGGUCGUGCAAAGCAAACAAUACGGCGUACGGGACACUGAACCUGCACAAGGUGUUCGACGCGGAGUCUAGUUCGGAUUACAGCAAAUGGCCCGGAAUGACGGCCGCUCUGGACGGGCUCAGGACCAUACGAAUUAGCGUCGAUUUCGACUGGGACAUCAGACCGCCGUCGGCGGCGGAGGUACUGAAACCGAUCGCCGAGUCGCAGGCGAAAUUGGACUUUGAAAAGUUCCGGAGUCUCGUAAGAUUUAUUUUCAUAUAUGUAUACACGUAUAAACCGAAUAAUAUACUCGUAUAAACGUAGAAAAAAAAAAAUACCGCUAUAAAAACUACUCGCGAAGUAAAGCGAUAUAUUUUAUGUAACGCGAGUUUAUUGAUUCCCGAGGAUAUUAGCAUUGCAUUGUUAUUCGAUCAUCCCGAGUUUACUUUUAUCACUUUUGUUCCCCCCACGCGUUCAAUAACAUUUACAGGGUGAUUAUUUUAAAGUAUGCUCACUCCAUUUUAUGCUCGCUUAGAUUUUUUUCACUCAAAUUAUUACUAUCGGGUUAAUUUUUGUUUUUUUUUUCGAAAAAAAAUUCGAGUAUAGCAAAAUAUAAACCAAAUAUUUUUAUUAUGCGCACAAUAAAAAAAAAAAUAAUAAUAAUAUUAACAGAUUUUAAAUAAAGCCAUUGUUAUUUAUUUGUACAUAAAAACGAGGUGACGUUGCUUGAAAAAUCAUUUUAAUAAUGUGUACUAUAUUAUAAUAUUUCUAUAACGUCUUUUUAGAUUUUGGCGUCUUCUUUGGAACAUGGUCGGGUGACUUUGCUCCAGGAUCAACUUAAUGUGCUUUCCGCGCAAACCUCGUCAAUCUCCGGUGCAGCAUUAAAAUCGGCAUUGAAACGUUUGGUGACGAAUAUAACGGAAUUAUUGGAGAACGUGAUGAACCCGAUAAGCCAGAAGAAAGUGAGUGAAUAUGGAAUCUGGGAAUUUGUUCAAAAACUACGAAAGAAAAACAAACAAUUUGAUUAAGGCCAUCGAAAUCGAAAACCUAACCAACCUAUUUAAAAUAAGGCUGAGCAGAUGUUUCUUAACCCCUCCCUCAAAAAAAAUAUAAAUAUAUUUAAUGGAUCCGAAUUAAUCUGUAUAAUCCAGAUAGAUGAAUUCGAUUCGUAAUCCUAUUAUUUAACAAAUAUAUGAAUAUAAUAUCAAUCAUGUUUUUUGGAUUUGGAUGAAUCAGGGAAGAGUUUUUGUUAUUACCUAUAUGAACUUAUUGCCUGUGUUGCCAUUUGUAUACCAAUUCUAUUUUUAAUCUUAUCUGCAAUAAUUAAUUUAAUUAAUUUAAUUUUCUUUAAUAAAUUGAAUCAUUAAUCCGGAUUGGUCUUAGUGAUCCGAACCAUACAAAUUGUUACUUCUUUUUCAAACUAGAUUUCGGAUUAAGUGCUCAACACUAGUUCAGAUUUGUUAUUGCUCCAAAGAAGUUAGUGUCCUAAAUUGAAAUCUAAAAUUUAUAGUAGAUGAAAAACCACGACACACUUAGAUAAAAUAAAAUGCAAAAUGGAAAAACCAUGUUAUGUAGAUUACAUGGUUCUAAGCUGUGCAGUAUCUAGUUAAUUGGGUAUUGUUUGCAUUAGAUUAUAUCUCUGGAAAAAUGUUCAGAUUUACGUACUAAUAUCUUAUUUUCCCAGAUAAUAAAUUGAUCGAUAUUCAAAUGUUGCAGAAUACGUUGCUUUAUCAUUUAACACUGAUGGAAAUUGAAAUGCAUCCGCUGUCCGAUUCCCUAAACCGUACUUGGGCGAACGCGUACACCGGUAGAAUCGAAAAUUCGGAUUUCGAUCAAAUACUAAGAAAGGUAUAUAAUAUUAAAAACACAUUUUUUUUUUUUUUUACUGUUCUAUUCUUAUAAUACUUAUUAUACGCAUAUAGAUUUAUUUCGUAUUUUCAAAAAUACUUUUAUCGAUAAACGCACGCGACUCCGACACGAAAGUUACUUAUGUACAGUUUCCCUUCGAAUACAAUUUUAGCCAGGAAACUUAUAUAAUCCUCUAAACACACAAUCGCAUUGUGAACCGAAAUACGUGACUAUUUACUCCGCGUAUACGUCGGCUAUUCUUCGCAUACCAAUUUUGAUUAACUUUUUGUUUAACUACCUAAGUAUAUGCAUUAAAAGAGAACCCCAUCAUCUUGGUCGUAUAUACAAACAUAAAUAUAAUUAAAAUAUUGCAGCUACUUGCUUGUUUUGAUGCGUUUAAAUUCGGUGAAAUGUCGUUACCACCUUUUAUACCAGUUGAAAAAAAUAUUAAGCGAUUUGUCAUAUUUUCACCCAGGUUUACCCAAACGAUUUUCUUAAAAUCCAUCUAGUAUAGUUUUCAAGGGAAAAUCUAAACUGGUUUAUUGUUGCGUAUUUCUUUAGUAUGUGAGUUUUUCGUUAUAGAAUGUCGUUCAAUACACAAACGGUAUUACGUCACUGUUGGACAAAUACAAGUCACACGUAACCGAAACGAUAAAAACCGAAGCAGCGUCAUGUCGUCCCGUUUGGAACGUGUACCGGACUGGAAGAGAUUUAGUUUGUAGACAGACUUUGGAUGCCUUAGUAAGUUUUUUUUUAUAACUUGAUGAAAAUGAGUAAGGCGUCCGUGAUUUAUUUUUCUGUUUUUAUUUUCAGAACGGAUUUUGGGUCAUAUGUUUCGCUAUCGCCGUGUCGAUUACCGCGGCAAUACCGGUGGUGAAAAACUUAAAAAUAUUCCACGGAUCGCCUCUGACUUCCAUGUCUCUGUACACAAUCCCUCCGCCACCCGCGAUGGAAUCGAUGUACACAAACAAUUAAAUUUACAGAUGGUUUUCAUAUUUAUUACGAGUAAAAAUAUAAAAUAGAUAUUUUUUGUUAUAGACGUAAAAAAUAUGAAUCAAAAUCAAUACGAGUUCUGGCUAUUAAACAACGAGACUGCUUAUGAAAAAUGGUUUUAUUUUAAAAAUUAUUCCACAACCAAAUGUUCCCCUUCAAUAUACUCUCNGUUUCAUUCGUUUCUUCCAUUGCUCGAGGCAGUGCUGGAAGUCUGUUUUCGUGAGACCAUUCAGGAGUUCCGCCGAUUUUUUUUUCACCUCUUCCAUCGACUCAAACCGGAUUCCUUUUAAGGCAGACUUUAUCUUCGAAAACAAGUAAAAGUCGCAGGGUGCCAUGUUGGGUGAGUAAGACGCGUGUUCGAGUACUGGAGUGCCUUAAGCGGUCAAAUAACGCUUCACAGACAGCACGUUAUGGGCAGGUGCAUUAUCCUGGUGCAAGAUCCACGACUUGUUUUUCCACAAUAUCGACCGUUUCUUAUGAACUCAUUCGCGCAAUAUUGCCAAAACUGUCAAAUAGUAAUGUUGGUUCACAGUUUGACCCUCUGGAACCCAUUCAGUCAUCACGAUGCCGUUGAUAUCGAAGAAAACGAUCUGCAUGGUUUUGAAUUUGGAUUACGACUGAAUUAGAUUCCGGUGCACUCUCGACCUUCAGAAAAUAAUUUAUGCCACUCACAAACACGCGCCCGAGAUAGGAAAUCCUCACUAUAGUUCUCUUUUAAUAACUUAUAGCACCCAGUUGGAGUUUUCUUUAGUUUAACGAGAAAAUUUUACGUUUAUCCGUUGCUCAUGUUUUUCGUCACACAUCGUUUUCGGCAAAAGAAAAAAACAUGUUCGUUUCUAAACGCUACAGAAAAAAUACUAAUGCACCAACAAAAACCCAAUUACUGGCAUGUAAUACUGGCAUAAUAGACACUUCCAGCUAACCAGCGCUUUAUUCGGUUUUCCUCUAAUCUUUUUGGGACGCUCUUUACGCGCGCAGUCUCGAUAUUUAAUAGCCAAACCUCGUAUAGGCACACACGUCAGACAAUAUGUUUUGUAGAAUAUACUUUCUAAAUUAUGACGUAAAUCGUUCAAUUUUGUAAAUGCCUAACUAUGAGUAUAUAAUGUUAUGAAUCUCUAGACACGGUAAGUACUUACACGUGUUCGAAUUUUAAAAUGUUUCAAAAAAGUAAAAAAUAAUGAAAAAGUGAAAAAAAAAAUAUUAUAUCAUAAUAUUAUCAUCUAUAAGUGUCUACAGUAGUUUCAUG